UUCUUCUAUGGGCGGUGCCUCUCCUUCCAGCGGCGUUUAAUACACUGUUCUCCUAAUUUGGGAAGUGUCGCGUGCGGGCGGGGCGUGGCGCGGGGGCGGCCUGUGUACGCCUGCGCGGAGCCGCGGGACAGGGCGUGUUUGGGUGUUCGGACCGGUUUGCUGCGAGUGAGCGCAUCUGCUUCAGCACGGGUGCCCUGCUAGAACAUGUCCAAGUCUCUGAAAAAGUUGGUGGAGGAGAGCCGGGAGAAGAACCAACCGGAAGUGGACAUGAGUGACCGGGGCAUUUCCAACAUGCUGGAUGUCAACGGCCUGUUCUCGUUAUCCCACAUCACACAGCUGGUCCUCAGCCACAACAAACUAACAACUGUGCCGCCAAAUGUAGCAGAGCUGAAGAACUUGGAAGUGCUUAACUUUUUUAAUAACCAGAUUGAAGAACUGCCCACACAGAUCAGCAGCCUUCAGAAACUCAAACACCUGAACCUUGGCAUGAACAGGCUGAACACGCUGCCCCGUGGGUUUGGCUCUCUCCCAGCUCUUGAAGUCCUGGACUUGACUUACAACAACUUGAAUGAAAAUUCUCUUCCUGGAAAUUUCUUCUAUCUUACCACCCUGCGUGCACUCUAUCUAAGUGACAACGAUUUUGAAAUCCUGCCGCCAGAUAUUGGGAAGCUCACAAAGUUGCAGAUACUCAGCCUGAGGGAUAACGACCUGAUCUCGCUGCCUAAGGAAAUUGGGGAACUGACCCAGCUCAAGGAACUCCACAUUCAGGGGAACCGCCUGACUGUUCUGCCCCCAGAACUAGGAAACUUGGAUUUAACUGGUCAGAAGCAAGUAUUCAAAGCAGAGAACAAUCCCUGGGUUACCCCUAUUGCUGACCAGUUCCAGCUUGGCGUGUCCCACGUCUUUGAAUAUAUCCGCUCUGAGACAUACAAAUAGCUGAGUAAAACUGCUGACUUAUGGCAUACCUGCCUCUUUUUGGCAUCACAUAGUAUGUUUAUGGAAGAACAUUGUAAGGCAAUUCGGUUACAUAGGUAAGUCUUUUCUACUUUGACCUGUUAGUUCAGCUACAUGAUUGUGCAUCUACUGGUGUACACAUGUUUGGCCAAGGAUUGCAAGAUGCAAAGGGAUCUGAAGCCACCUAACCAUCUUUUGUUUAAAUUCAUUGAUUUUAUACCAUCUCACUGCAUAGCCACUGGCUUUCCCCUUGAAAUAAGACAGAAUUCUUCAGCUAAUGUUCACUUUAUUUUGUACAUGAGGUAAUCCUCUUAACAAGCCAACAAAAACUUAAUCUGAUUUGUAAUGGCAACAGUUGGAAACUGCAGAAGGCCCCACAGGACACAACUGCAUAAAUAAAUAAUGAUACAACAAUAUGAUUGAAUGCAAAUGCAAACAUUUCAAGUUGUGUUGUGCAAGACCAGUUAAUGACUUUGAGAAUUUUCUUAGCAUAUUGUAAGUACAAAAAGCAGGCUAUAGAACUGUUCCUAAUUGCAACUUUACAUGGGAGGGAAGAUAUUUAAAGGAUAUUCCCCAAAUAUUCAUCACAGUUUUCUCAAAUGGUAAGGUUUUUUGUCUUUUCAUGCUUUCCAGUUCUUUGUCAUUUUUCUUUAAUUACAUGCAAGUUAAUAAUUUUUACUUUUAUCUAAUGGCACAGACAUUUAAUAACUUCAUUUUUCCAAACAGCACAUAUGUUCUAAUAAAUUUUCAUAAUUAGAAAAAAUACUAAGAAUCAGAUACAUUCAUGCUUGUUACAUUUUUAUUAUCACAGCAGUAUCCCAUAUAAUUUAUAAGAUUGUUAAUUUUUAAAUUGCAUUUUAUUGGCAUAUUUGUAGUACAUUUAUGAUUGCAUCCCUUGUGGGGUGUUAGGGCAUUUACUUCGUUCAACUUAAUUCUUUUUCAACACUUCCAAUCCCUUCCUCCUCCCUAAUUUUCUUUGUCCUCUUUCUAUCUGCAGAAAAUCUACUUCCAUGUUUCCUAUUAACUAACCCUUAUUUUGGUCCAUAAUCUUCGAAGCCUAUAUGUCCAUCAAUAAAGGAAUAAAUAAUGAAAAUGUGAAUAUUUACACCCAAUGGAGUACUGCUCUGCUUUUAGAAAAAAUAAAUUUGAGUCAUUUGUAGAAAAAUAGAUGCACCUUGAGGCCACAAUGUUAAGUGAAAAAAUCAAACAAGGAAGGGCAUCCUUGGGCUUGGUCAGUGGCUUAAGAUGUAUAAUCUUAAGCACAUGGUUUCUCUUGAAAGCAAAACCCAAAAUGUAAGUAAAAUUGUUAAUUAUGCAUAUCUUAUUAUAUGUACCAAGUUAUACUUAAUUAUUGAACAUUUAUUGUAUGCUAUGUCCUCAGCUCAGCACUCUACAUGUUCUCAGGCUGACAGAAAACAUAGUUAUCCUCACUUUAUAGAUCAGAAAACUUGAGGCUUCAGUUGGUUAGUAUCUUUACCCUCAAAUAGGCAGCUGUGCAAUGACAGAGCUCAACUUUGAACCAGGGUCUGCAUCUCAAGACCAGACUUUCCAAAACUACCUUUCUUACCUUUCCCUUUAAAAACUUGUUAUUAGCAAUAAUCCUACUUCUCAUUGGAAGAGAAAGUAGAUACAAUUUUAUUUGAGAGAAAAAUUUUAAGCAUUCUCAAAAUUUAAAUUGAGGGGCUGGGGAUUUAGUUCAGCAGCAUAAGCACCUGCCUUGCAAGCAGGCAGUGGUGAGUUCAAUCCCUGGUACUGAUAAAAAAGGAAAAAGACAAAAAAAAAUUUAAAUUGAAGCAGGUCAUUCACACUUGCAUUAUAUCUUCAUCUGGUGAUCAAUCAAAUAUUGGAUUGCAUCUUACACAUUUCGUGAACAACACAAAAUGUGUGUUUCUCUCUGGGAAGAAAGAGGUAUUCUUGGAUUUUGUCAAUGGCUAUGUUUGUAAAUACACAGUAAAUGAUUAAAUGAUUGAUCUGUCUUCCUCCCUCUUCUCCACCAUAUGCAUUCUCUUUUCAAAAUUAGUUAUCAUAGUGUGCCAAACAUGGCAACCCACUUGUGUUUCAAGGUGACCCUGAGCCUCCUAGAAUAUGCAUCUGGAGGAUAUUUGGGAACAAAGGUGUGCAGAAUCAUUACUUGGGGACCUAAGUGAAAACACUGCUUGUGGGGCCAGCCAAGGCAUCCAUGAACUCUGGUGUUGCUUAGAUUCAGUGACCUCUGUACGAUAUCCCUUGGAGGAUACCAUUCUCCCUGCCACCAAUACAUUUUAAGUUUCCAAAUGUAACAUCCCAUUACUAACCCGCAGUCAGUCUGGUCUUGUGAGAAGUCACCUGCAACUAACUUAACUUCAGUCAAAUCAAAUGAAAACAAUGUAUUGAAAUAAUAAAAGUGUACUCAAUUCUCACUGUCAGAAAGGCCUGUAGGCCCUAAGUAUUUACCUAAUAUUUAUCUUCUGGCUUGGCCCAGUGACACAUACUUGUAAUUGUGGCACUCUGGGAGGCCAAGGUAGAAAGAUUCGAACUUCAAGCCCAGCCUUACAACUCUGCAACUUUGCAAGACCCUAUCCGUAACUAAAAACAAGAAGGGCUAGGGGUGUAGCUCAGGGUGAAGGCCCUGGGUUCAAUCUACAAUACUUGAAAAAUAGUGUUUUAAAUGUAUAGCUUUUGAGUAGGUAUUUACGAGUUGCAGAUUUUUAACCAAGGAAUGAAUGAAUAUAGCAAGAAAAAAAAAGUUCUUGAUUGUUUUAGUUCACGCUCUUAGUGAAAGCACAUGUAUCCUCAUCCUUCCCUUAUGGGGGCGAGGAGAGAAAGCCGUGAUACUACCACAGAAUAACAGUGGUUUUUAUUUUUAUACUCUACACAAUAUACACUUGGAGUAUUGUUUUCUGAGAGAAAUUUUGUGUAGGAGUCUUAGAGAUCUAUUUGUAUCUUAGCUCUCCCCUAAUUGUUCAUCCCUAGGCACAUCACUGAACUAUUCUGUAUAUUUUAUCAACCUUAAAGUGAGACAAUUGCUACUAGCCUGCUCUAAUCCAAAAGCAUGUUUAUUGCAAGUAGGUAACGUAUGCCAGAGGUAGACAAAUAUGAGGACUACCCCUUUGCUUUCUGUGCCCACUAUUUGAGCCACUGGAAGUAUCUAACAAUGAUUCCAAGUUUAAUUAAUGGUUUAUCUCUGCUCAGCUCUUGUUUUCUUCCUCAAAUUUUUUAAUGCUCCUGUUUACAUCUUUAUUCUUUAGGUAAAAAAAGAACUUACCAAAAAUUAAUUAACAAGGUUUUUUAUUCUGCCUCCUAAUUCAUGAAGAUUAACUUAACCAUUUGGCAUAAGUCUCUGAGUUUUCUUUUUUUCAUGAAAGUGUAAACCUGGGCUGAGUGGCACACACCUGUUAUCUCAGCACUCUGGGAGGUUGACACAGCAGGAUUGCAAGUUGGAGCCCCGCUUGAGCAACAUAGCAGCUUACCAAGACCCCCUCUCUCGAUAUAUAAAAUAGAAAAUAAGUAAAUAUAGAAGUGUGGUGAUAUAGCUCAGUGCAGACUUCUUUACUGAAAAAACAACGGAAGUGUAAUGUAUGUGUAUAUAAUGCACAGACCAUAACUGUGUGUGCGUAUGUGUGUGCAUGCCCAUGUGGAUGCUUUGCUGAGUUUUGUCAAGCAUAUGUGCUAUAUAUGUAUAUAUCGCUGUAGUUAAGAUGAGGAACAUUCCCAUCAUCAGGAAAAGUUUAUGGGUAGCAGUGACUCCUUUGCCCAUUUUUUGGUUUCUGUGUCCUGUAACAGGAAAUCCUCUCUGUGACAUUAGGACACUUUGUACAACCUCAGAUCAGACUUUCUGAGCCCGCCAUCUCUUACAGGUAAUAUGCAUUCUGAGUGGGGGAUAGUUGUUGGCUUCUGUUUUCUGCAUGGUUUUUCCUGUUUGUUUUUUCUUCUGUCUCUCUUCUUACUGUUAACUGGUCCCGGUUUAGCUCCCUGAGACUCCACCGUCAGUGUCACCCAAAGGUCUUUAGGAUUGAAGAAGCAUUUAAUGUUUUAUCUUGAAGUUUCUCUUACCUUAUUUGAUCCCUGCCACCACUUGGAAUUCAUGUUCAUGUAAAUGCUUCCUGUUCUCCCCUAAAUUCCCUAAAAUAUAAUAGGAGUCUGAGUUAUUGUCAGUUUUAGGAUAGUCAACUCAAAAGCAAACCAGCCAAUUUUUUUUAUGAGGUGGAAGCAAAUAUUCUGCUUUUUGCCUUUUGUUCCCAUCUUCGCAAACGUGAUUCUUAAUUAGUUCAAAAUUGUCUUGCAUUUCAAGUUAGUUACUUGUUAUUUUUCAGUCUUCUGUUGAUACAAAAGGUGAUCAUGAGUAACACUUUUGAAGUACUACUGGGUGCUGUCAGCCCUCACUUUAUUUUUGUAAGAAUGUUUGCACUGAUACCUAAAUGAGUACUACUGGGGUAAUGUUUUAAAUGAGUUUUUCUUAUCAGAAUAGUUCUUAAAGAUAUCUAAAGUGUGUUUUCCUGUGUAUUUACACCUCUUCGAUUUUACUUUAUGAGCAGCAAGAGCAAACUGUCACUAUUUGCUGUAAAUUGAAGCUUUUAAUAACUAUGUCUGUUCUGCAGCAUUUGUCAGCUUUGAAUAUUCUGUCAGUAGAAAAUAAAAAUAGCAGGGAAACUCAGCAGCAGUGACACUGAGAAUUUAUCUGCCCAUGCAAGAGGAAGGUAAAAAAUAUAAUCUUGAAGGAUGAGCAUUUGGCAUUUUUUCCCUGCAAAUAAUGUAAAUUUGAACUGGCUCUUCCUUGAAUAAAUUUCAGAUGAAAAGUUGACAAAAUAAAUGAAUGUUUCAUCAUUAAACACAGAACACCUUUUAACCUAGAAAAAAGAGAAUGAAAAAGGUUACCUCAGAUCAUUGAUUCAGUCAUAUAUUCCUUGUUUGACAUCAGUUUGAAAAAUAAAUAAAUACAUAAAAUACAUUUAUAAAUACAUAAAAAACGUGAUAGCUCAGUAGUAAAAACUUUGAUGCAUCCAGCAUUUAAAUUUUUAAACUAUUUCAUAGUAAAAAUUCAUGUGCAGAAGAUCAUCUUGGCUAUGUGACAAUAAAAAAUUAAUUUAUCUAAUAAAGAUGAUGUCAGUAAAUCAAACCUAAACAAAUUCCAGAGUCCACAUUUUUGUUCAUAAAUUGUAUGUGUCGGUUAUAAAUAUUAAAACCAUGAAUGAAAUAUGUGUUAUGAAAAAUUCACUGCUUUCUUUGUCAAGAUAAAAUCAUAAAGUUUUUCAGGACUUUUUUACAUUUAGUUUGUUUAGACAGAGUUUAUUGAUUUGUUUCUCUUGAUUUUCUUUUCUUCUCAACAUAUAUUUGUCGUUAUCUUUAUCAAUAGCAAUGAACAUCUCUGGAGCUCUUACUGCUCCUGUGUUUGACAACCAUUCAUAGUAGGUGAGCACAGUUUUGAGGGAACUAAAAUGUAUGAAGUGUGCUUAGUUAACAGUGUUACUGUACAGUCUUCAUGGAAGCUUCUGUUUAGAAGAAAGGUGAUUAGUAAGACCAUCCAAGUCUCCUCAUUCUCCUGUCACCCCCUUUCUGGGCCUGCAAAUACUGUUUUAAAAAUAAUGGCACUGAGCUAAAGAGGUAGCCAGACUUUUAACCAAAUGGAUGUACCUACAUUUUUAAAUUUAGUUCUGUGUUAGCAUUAUUCCAUCGUGUAAAUUAAGACUGAGGGAAAGAGUGAAUUCACUAUUGUGAAAACACACAUGCACAAGUUUACAAAGUAUUCUACCACUGUGUCUUUCAGUGGUGAGAAAGGCAUAAUCCUAGACCUUCCUCUGGAAGGACUGGCAUUUGAAAAGACAUUUUAAAAGACGAGAUGUGUUUUAUUUGGUCCUUUAAACAGAAGUCCUAACGUAGUAUUGAGUCCUAUUUUUUGAUGGCAGUGAUAACUCGGAAUUUACUUUGUCUCUGUGUGCGAAUGUGGGCUUUUUUUUCUCCCUGAAAUUAAAUCUCCUUAUGUCUCUUAUAAAAUUUCAUUUCAGGAAAGAUUAAAGAAGCGAUUUCCAGUAAAAUUGGAAUGUUCAUCAUGCAUUAAUGAUUUGUGAAGACAGUUGUAUGUGUUUUUCUGCAGAGAAUUUUCUUUCUAAAUUCAGUGAAAAAUUCAUUUGUAUUAUGCCCCCUGCAAAAAAUUUGCCUAUAAAUAACUCACAGGCAAGGUGAUAGUUUUAUUUUGAUGUUUGCUGUUUCAAUUGGCAAACUAGUGGUAACAAGAAACAUUAAUUCUUCUUUUUUUUUUUUCCUUUUAUGGUCUGUCCAUAUAGAAAAAUGCUUUGUUUUUUUUUUUUUUUUCUCCUUUUUUCUUUAAUUCUCUUUCUCUUUUAGUAGCUCUGAUUUUAAGUACCUCUUAGGAUUUAUAAAAGUGUGCCUUGAGUUUUUUUCAGGUACAGUAAUUUAAAAAAAAAAUACUGAUAAGAUUCUCCCCUUUGAAUGUGUGUUUCCUUUUUAAUUGUUAAUUGAUUUGGAUAAAUAAGUUAUCCCAGUUGUUUGGAUAAUAAAGGAAAAGAUGCCUAUCUCAGAGAAAGGGAGUGAUUUAAUUCUCAGUUUCUGCCCAUGCUGAGCAUGUGGCUUCCUGAUUCAGAAGGACCAUUUCUAAUCUGGGUUUUGUUAGGGUAUUUGUCUUGCUUGCAAAUGAAUGACAGUGAAAACCUUUUUAAGUUUAAAGCUGCAUUGAUGGUUCAAACAAUAAAUUAAAGAUAAAGAUGAGAUUGUUUAAAUCUUUGGCUAAGAAUGUUCACAAAAUUCUCAUUUUUUAAAAGAAAUAUUUAAAUGGAUUUUCCUUAACUAUUUAAGAGUCUUAGAACAGAAUCAUUUUAUAGCAAAACAAGUCUUGUAUAUGACAAAGUGGGCAGCGGGGAAGGAGUUUGGUAAGUGAAAUCUAGAAUGAAAUCAUCUGCCAUAACUGAGGUUUCAGUUCUUUGUAAUUUAGGCAAAUUAUUUAACAUUUUUCAGCCUACUAUUUGCUAUUCCUAAUCAUUAAGUUCACCAAAACUAUUAAUUUUUUUAAAAAAUACUUUGAUUUUUAACAAUAAAGUGGUAGAUAAGGAACUCUUCCCUUCCCCGCCCCCCGCCAAAACUUCUGAAUUUAUUCCAGGGACAUUUCAUCUUUUUUUGGAAGAUAAUGCUUUUAAGUAUGAGUGUACAAUUGAAUUUCCCAUUUAAUUUGAAAACAAUGAGUUUUUGUUGUUUUAGCUAUCUGCGUGUCUUCCUCCCUCAAUCUUCUGCCCUUCCUGCCCCUUCAUAAAAGUUACAGACUUGACUGAUCUGAGAUUGCAGUUUCCCUUCCACGUUUGUGUUCCAUGCAGAGGCUCACUGCAAGCUGUGAUGUUUCUUCACAGUGUGAAGAGGGAGACCAUGCACAGCGCAUUCAUACAGUCAGCAAAUCGGUCAACAUGUGAGAGAGAAGGUUUAGGGAUCCUGGGCAAUUUAGCUAUCUUUGAAUAGUCAUUGUUCCCACUUGUGUCAGUCGAGAUAUAAGGCCUGGCGUGAUGGCACACCUAUGUAAUCCCAGCACUCUGGGAAGCUGAGUCAGGGAGAUUGCAAAUUGGAGGCCAGCCUAUGCAAUGUAACAAUUUAGUCAGAUCUUGUCUCAAAAUUUUAAAAAAGGCUGAAGAUAUAGCCCAGCGCAAAGAUCCUGGGUUCAAGAAAAGAGUUCUUUCUCUUGAUCACUUAGUGAUGCUUUUAUUGUAUAGCCUUUAUGUUAAUUAGCUUUUCUUGGCUAUGACAAACCACCUGAGAAUGAUCAACUUGAAGAAAAGAUUUAUUUUUGCCUCAUGGUUUCAGACAGUUCAGCUCAUUGCAUUGGGGUCUGUGGCAAGGCAGAAACAUCAUGACAGAAGUGCACACUGGAAGAAAGCUCCUUCCCUGAUGGUGCCCAGGAGUCAGAUACAAAAAGGAGGCAGAGGGUCCUGGUAUUCCUUUCAAAGAGGAUCCCCAGUGACCCCCUUCUUCCAACUAAGCCCCAACUCCUAGAGUUUCUGCCGCCAACUCACUGUGGCCCCAGGUGGGACCAUGCCUCCAUCAGCGUGGUCAUCAGUGUUUGAGAACCAUUUCAGAUCUAAACCAUAACACCUUUAUUUUUUUAUUUUUUAUUUAUUUAAUUUUUUAUUUUUUGGUACUGGGGAUUGAACCCAUGACCUCAUGCUAAUCCCUGGCUCAGCUAGAAUUCAUACAGUAUGCAAACUCAUCCAUGCAAAAUGUAUAGUUCAGUGACGUUUUGUAUACUCAUAGUUAACACCCAUCCUUGUAAUCAAUUAUAGUACAUUUAUAUCAGCCUUAGCUCAUCGCUGGUACCCCUUUCCCUGAGCCUGGAAACCAGUGUUCUACUCUCUGUCCCUGUCUAUUCAACUACAGGAGUCUCUUUGGUUCACAAAUAUAAUUCUUCCCACAAUCGUGGUCAUAAACAGAACGGGACAAGAACAGCAUCAAGUUUCCCCAUAAGGUCAGCAGUGACCUUGACCACUGAAUUUGAUUUGGUUCUCAUCCAGUUCUGUCUGUGACUAGAAAUGUAGAAAAAAUUAAGUUUAUAAACCAAGGUACCCUUGGAUAUUUCACCUGAAUGGAAUCACACCACAUUUUUUAUUUUCCUCUUUUGUGUUGCUUAAUGUUUUCAAGACUAGUCCACGUGUAGUAUGCGUGAGUAUUUCAUUCUUUUUAUGGCCAUGUAAUAUCAUGUCCAUUGUAUUGUUACGUCGUAUUUCAUUCAUCCAUUCAUAAUUGAUGGGCAUUUAUGCCAUUUCUGUUUCUCUGACUCAUGUGAGUAAUGUUGCUCUACUCACAUACAUUUGCAUGAACAUAGCAUAUUUGCAUGAGCGUAGGCUUUCAUUUCUCACAGGUGUACACCUAGGAGUGGAAUUGCUGGGUCCUGUGGCAACCCCAUUUGAGGAGCGAUCAGUCUGUUUCUGUAGCCACCUUUAUCUAUUUCACAUUCUCACCAGCAGUGCUUGAGCAUUCUGGUAUCUCCGCAUGAAGAUCAUUUUACCAUAGCCGUCCUAGGGAGGGUGAAAUGACAGCCCAGUGUGAUUUUGAUCUGCAUUUUCCUAGUAGCCCUAAUGUUGAAUGUCUUUUCAAUGUGCUUGUGUCCAUUUUAAUGUUGUUAGUUACAGCACCUUACAAAUGAUGCUAAGAUCACCUGACAUGCCUUUUUUUUUUAAAUUUUUUAUUUUUACCGGCACCAGGCAUCGAACUCACGACUGCCUGCUUGCAGGUGCUUAUGCCGCUGAGCUAAAUCCCCAGCUCCUACAUGCCAUUUCUGUGGUAACCCUUGAAGUCAGAAAGACCUCUGGACCCUGCCUUAGUGACAUGUGGGAUAGAAGAAGUAGUGAAAGGAGCACAUUAAGUAUAUGAAAUAAAGUCUUUGGGGAAUUAUGGCAGAAGCAUGUGCUGGGGCCAACAGACCUAAAGGGGGAAGGGUUUUAUUCAGCUGGAGAGAAUAGCAUUGAUUGAGGAGGGGAAGAGAUGAGGUCUCUGUUCAUCUGCAACAGUUAUGUUUCAGUCACUGAACCAAGGAUGAAAAGGCUCUUGACUUUUGGUGAAACAGCUCCUGACUAUGAACACUUCGGAAUCAUGAUUCUUGACAGUACAAAUGUCUUUAACCACAGUUCAACAUAACGUUCUUCAUCUAGUUUCAGCUGAAGGACACGGUUUCUCAUGUCCAGUAUGAUGCAGGGAAGACUCACAGGACACUUGCAUAAGAACUUGUGCCUUUCAUCCAGAAACUGCUUUGUUGUUUUUGCUUGUGUUGUGGUGAUGGUUUCUGUUUUUUAGGGCACAUGAGUGUCUCUUUUAGGGGCAAAUUUAUAUCGGGGGGGGGAUUCCUUUAGAGAAAUGUGAUUUGUGAUCUUUAGUUUAUGAAAUAUAAAGUAGCCCUCUCAAAGUCCUUUGCGUAAUGUGACAUUUUUUCCCUUUGAAAAAUGUGUUACUGUAAGCCUUAAAUGAACUGUUUGAAUGCCCAGUUUUUUUAAAAAUAAUUAAUCUUUCUCUGUUUUCUUUUAUGAUGUCUUUGGAAGAAAUGAUCAUUUCUGUGAAGCAUGCAAAUAAAACUACCUUUCAUAUUAAAUCUUACAUAGAGUACUUCUGCCUCUUAAAAAUUCUCCAAGAUAAUCUUUAAAAAAUGUACAGAAGUGACUUUCAAUAACCUUGGCUAGCCUUAUUUAUGUUUGUUAAAUUUGCAACUCUGACAUGAUAUUUUAGAAAGCCAUAUAACAUGAUUUUUCCCAUUGGUUUUGGUAUUUGAUAGCUUAAGGAAAAAUAGAUUUGUAUGUAGAAAUUUCCAAAACCACUCCAACAUCUCGGCUUUGUUUUUUUUUCCCUAAGAUAUAGGAAGAAGGUUGCUGAAGAGACAGAGCUACUAACUAUUGUCACAUAAUAUCUUUAGUUUUAUUUUCUUACAGAGAAAAUUAGAUCACAAUACAUGGUUUUCUGAAAUGCUUUCAGGACAAAAUAGGCCACAGCAAAAAUGCCAUAAAAUAAUCAAAGCUGAAUUAUUAGCACUGAUAUUUUCUUAAAAUGUAAUUUCUCCUCCCAUAAUUCAUAUUUUUACUUCUAAAAAUCAUUUUAUUAAUUUUCAUUCCUAAUGCCUCCUGCUCUGAAUGUUGUGUCCCUAGUGUUCACCAUAAGAAGUCCUAGUUCUUUUCUUCUUUCUGUAGCUCCAGGUAGAGUAGAAAACCACAGUACUGCUCUGUGGUAGGCAGUUAGUGCCACAGUCAGUGUUUCUGAGCUGUGUGAGCUUGGACAAGUGCUCUAACUUCUCUUGUGUCUUAGUGUCUUCCUUGGUAGCAUAUGAAAUCUGUGAUCACACACACACACACCCACACACACACACACACACACACACACAUCCUUGGACUGCUGUGAAGAAUAAAUGAGAGGGUACACAGAAAGGAUACCACCAGGUAAAUCUUAAAGCAGUUACUGUUAGUAUCACCAUUAAAUAUAUUUGAAAACUGAGGCACAAAAAAGUUGACCAAUCUUCCCAGGGUCACGUAAUUCCUAAAGAUGGGACAUCAUGGACCAUUUUACAUAUUGGUACCUAUAUGUGACUUGAGUGGUAAUGAAUAUGAUACAGAAGUUACCAUUUUAAUUAUAUACUUGUUCCUCAUCUAAGUUUUAUGUAAUACCCAGUACAUAUAUUUUAAGUAGCACACUCAUUAUGUGCUACUUAAAGCAAUUGUCCACAAAAUGCUAAGCUAACUAAUUUAAUGGAUUCUUUAAUGUGUGAGCAUUAUUCACAUACCAGAGAUAAUUUUUUACACCUUCAAAUAUGCACUAGUAAUCCACUCUGACCUAAAGGGUAGCCAUCAUUUUUUAAGGCAGUCACGGUGUUUCACUUCUCAGGAACAGAUCAUAUCUGUUAACCUUUUCUAUAAAUUGUCACUUAUGUGCUUGACAUUGCCCAAACCAAUCUGUAUGAUCUCCAUAGCCAGGCAUUAUUGCGCUGACUUCUAACAUUAUAUUGUGAUUCUGAAAUAGCUCUGUAGAUUUGUAAACAACCAUUAAAGUAGUAUCUGUACAUAACUAUGCCAUUUUAUAAAUCCCUUCACUGUAAAAAUACUGAUUGUUUUUGUUGUUUUUGUUGUUGUUAUCUGCUAUGUAAAUUAAGCAGUGAACAUUUGCACAUACCAAAUGGACUUUUUACCUUUUCACCUGCUAAAAUUAACAUUUUAAUUAGAAAUAUUGAUAAAUUUUUAUUGGAGCUUAUUGAAAAAUAAGUUAAAAUUUUACUGUAUAUAAAUUGUACUCCUAAUAAAUCAGACCAUAAAAAAUGGAAAGAAAGCACAAAUAUCUGAAAUCUUGAGGUUUGAUAAGAAUUAUAUAAAUUGAAAUUAAAGAAUUCACAAGGUUUUUGUUCAAGACAGUAGUUAGUUUUUUGGCUAUAGGAUUAAGAUUAGUGCUUUUACAUACUUUAAAAUAGCCCUCUUAACUUGUUUUGACUGACUAGACUCUGUUCCAUUCUGUAUGAUAGUAUCAAGUUUGAGGGUAUAGGCAACUACUUUGAAGGCAGUAAGAUUCACUAAGAUGCCCAUUCUGGUUUGACUAUUGUCUCCUUUGGAAGUCCUGUAAUGUUUACAAUGCCUAAGUUUUAUUGGUCUUGUUCUCUACUGUUUUGUCCAACUUUAUAAUAUCUAAUGAGAUAGACAAUUCUUUUUAAGGAAACAAGAGACAACGUUGAUAACCAUUGUUGAUAACCUUGUACUCUGUUCUACAUCAUGUGCUAUGUCUAUCCUUGGUUUUGACUGACAGCUUUGUUUUGCCAUAUUUGACUGUAUUCUCUCCCCCCCAAAAAAGUAAUAAGAACUAAGGAGUAAUAAAAUCCAAAAUGUGUAAAUUUUGUUGUAAAAAAGAGAGGGGAAAAACUAACAGAUAUAACAGCAAGUGUGUUUAGGGGUGUUAAAUAGCUGACUAUAUUAAUGUUUUUGGAUCAUUGAACACAGCUGUUUGCAGUCUCUCUGUUUGAAUGUCCACUUUGUAUUCUUUGAUACUGUGAUUUGAGCAACUAUUUCCAAGAUGAUAAUAUUUAAUCUAUUAACAGGUGAUUUCUUACUGGUAUGUUUUUUUUUUUUUGUUUUUUGUUUUUUGUUUUUUUUUUUUUUUGUAGUUCUGUAUUACGUGUACCCUUACACCGCUUUGUUUUGUUUUGUGUUUCUCUCUUUUUCCUCUUAAAUAAAAUUUAAAAAAAAAUAGCCCUCUUAGAGCUAAGAAUAAUGCUGUAAUUGUAUGUAACUUUGAUACCCCUCCAAAGCUGAGAAGGAUGUUUCUUUGUUUACUUCCCAUAUGACAGCAGGCCAUCCAGGGUAUAAUUAAUGGCCAGAAAAUUUAAGACAAAAGAAAGUAGCUUUUCCCUCAGCCUGCAGCCAACAGUUUGUGAAGAAUCACUGACAGGAAAACUUUUGCAGACCCAAAUUCUGUCACUGACAAUAGGUUCCUAUUGCUGACAAGACUCCAGUGGCAAAGGCCAGCAUCGCUGUAGUUUCCAUCUUUAAGAAGCCCUCCCUGGAACACACAGCAGCACGUUUUUAUUUUUCUCCAUCUUUUGUAGAUUAUUCUGUUCUGUUUUCUGAACAUUUCCUUUUCCCCUAUCUGCCUAUCUUCAUGUACCUCACUGCUUUUUAGUAACUUACUAAAGAGAAAGUGGCUAUUGGUAUUCUCCAUUAUCAGAGAAUAUAUUAACUGAUACGGCAAAUCAAAAUUAUGCUACAAUCAGACUGAUGUUUAUUAUCAGUUCCAUCCGUUUCCAUGUCCAAGAAAAAUCAAGAGUAGGAUAUUUUUGUAACCCUUAUAGUGCUAAGUUUACAAAUAUUGGGUAUACAUUAGAUUGUCACAGCCAAAAAGAGCCACGUAGAAGCCUUCUCAAAUUAGAGCAGCCACUUUGCUGAGGCCUUUGUGCCAGGACAUUUCUGUACUGCCCUCUCCGCCAUGUAGACUAGGUUGAUGAUCCUUUACUGUACUUCGAGCCAAAGUGCAGGUCACAAGCCCCAACCUUCCACUUCCAGCCUGGACAGGAAGUCUUUUCUGGUGUGAAUGCAAGCCCAGCUGCUCCUGGGUACAUACCUAUAAUCUGUAUCCCCAAGUGACUGUAGCAGAAGUUUAUGAAUUAUCCAGGCUUUUGAACUAAAAGUUAUAUUCUGGGAAGGAGGGGGUUGGUGUUGAUGGCAAUCUGCCCUUAAAAUUUCAGAGUUGAGUCCCUAAGGGGGCAGCAUCCAGGCCUUGUCCUGUGAUUGUCCUAAUAAAAUAGGAUUUACAGCAACUGGUCCUUAGUAUAGGUGUGGAUGUGGGUUACACAUCCCUUUCUAAAUUCUUCAGGUUGCAUCCAAGGAAAAAACUUGAUGACAUAAACAAUUAGUCCAUAGGUGGCAGAUCGUCCUGUCAGAUGACUGUUUCUCUUUGUGGUGUUAGAGCCUGACUUUCACAAUGGCAGUGGGUGUGGAAGAUACUAAAAGCCCUCCUGCCUAGUGUUAUUGCUAAGAGAAAACCUUUUGUUUAGCUCCAUCCUUUCAGUGCACAAUCCAGUUGAGCACCUGUUUUACAUUUAUGAUAGACCCUCAGAUAAACAAUUCAAAGGUACUUAAAGACGGGUACAUUCCAUGCCCAUGUGAGUCUGCAGAGCAACAGGGAGACAAAUCAAAUAACAUUAUAUAUAGACGUAUAUAAUAAACUGUAAUGAGUUUGGGAAAACACAGGCCGUACUGUGAGAGCGUGUAGCAGAUGUGACGGCUCAGCAAAGCCCUGAAAACUGGCAGGAGGUGUGCGUCACAUGAAGGAAUAAGAAACAUAGGUGGUGUGCAGGAGGGAGACUUGACGGUGUUUCCAUCAGAGAGAGACAAACCGGCAAAGCCCUUACAGCAUCGGAAGGAAGAGCACACAGACGAGUUACUGUCCCGACAGUGCUCCCCAGUGACGUCAAAAUGCUAGGCAGGGCUACCCAUUCUGGGCCUGGCGGUGCCGUCAAGGGGCUGAGUUGUGAUCAGCUUUGCUUUUUGAAGAGAUCACCUUAGACUAUAUUCACGUGAGAGAGUGAAGGGGCCAGUAGCAGUGAAGAGACCAACUGCGAGGCUAUUUCAGGGGCCUGCAUGACAGACAGUAGGUGCUUCAAUCCAAAAGCUUUUGAAGAGGUUAAGAAAGUUAUUUAGGGGUGGGGAUUUGGCCUUGUGAUGAUUAGGCAAAGCAAUGAUUUGGCAACAAUAAGAGUGAAAUAGCAAAGAUGGCUUCUUAAUGGAUGGGGUGGGGUUCCCACUGUCAGUGAAACAAAUGCAGAAACCAAAAUUAAAAGUACAAGUCAAAGUUUCAAGUCCAGCAUGCAAGUAAUUUUUCAUAACAUCACCUGUCUUGCUCCUCUGACCCUUCUUUCCAUAUUUCUUCUUUUCUCUUACUGUUUCCAAAUUUUCCUAACUUUAUGGUUCAACUCAGCAUGAAAGCUUUUGGGUGCCUGCAGGGAAAUUUGAGUUUGUAACUUCACAGAUACCCAGUGCUGCAUCAGUUCCCAUUCAUAGGAAGUGGGAUAUUAAGCCUUUCUGAAAUACAUUGUCUCAUUUGUGUUAAAAGCUUACAGCUUCUGAGCACAUACUCUGUACUUGCUGGCGUGCUAAAACAUGAGCUGGUAGGGUGGUUUCUAGGUGCUAGGCCGAGUGUCUGCGUGAAUUGCAGUGUGGGUAUAAAUAUUUCUGGGCACAGACAGGUUAGAUGCAAUAGGAAAAACUUGAACAAAUUCUUAGGAUGCCAAUAUUGUCACAGAGUCUCCAUGCAGAAUGAAGUUGUUUGACAAAGUGUUUCCCUGGUGAUUUGGCUGCAGAUGAAAAUGUCUUUAGCAAUAAAAUUCCGUGCUUGAGUCACAGCCCUGUGCAUUCAUCAGUCAGCAAAUGACAUACCAAGGAUCUUUUUUGCUGUAUUAGUUAAUAUGUUGGCAGAAAUAUGUGAAACAUUGUUAUUCCCCUCAGUUUCUGUGCAGGGUUUUUUUUCCCCCUACCUUUAAACAUGAAUUUUGCCAAAAUGUUUUGCCAGCUAUAAAUUUAUUCCUACUCAAUAGGAUUGCAUUAGAAAAGAGAUAAAAAAAAAAAAGUUUUUUAUCACAAAGGUUUCCUUAGUUACCAGCACUAAGAAUUGGUAAGAACUACUGUUUUGCCCAUCAUUUGAAAAUGAUUUCAGGGAAAUUUAAGGGUUGCUCAGGCCAUUAGCGAUGAAGCAUAUUUUAAUUAUAGUAAUGGAGUAAGCUGCUUACAGCUUUAUGGAUUAAUACAUUGUUGGUUAAUAGGUCAGAGUUACAUGUGAUUUUAAUCACACUUCUUAUUGUAGCCAUAGUUUUAUUAGUGAUGGUGUUUUAUAACUUAAUAAUUUAUACAUAAUGAGUUUAGAAGUUCCAUUUGCGUUGACAUCAAAGGAAUAAUUUACCCCAUACAUUACCAUUCAUCAAUAGGAACAAAGUCCUUCAGCAGCACAACUGAAGAACUGUCCGAAAUCAUUUUGCAUUAAAGGAUACUUAUAAUAAUGAGAUCACUUUACACUGCAUUGUAUUAUUUCUGGUGAUGCCAAGUCUGGCAUCAGAAAGUCAUUUUAAAGACCAGGAGGGAAGAUGAAUCACAAUCAUUUCACACAUAUUUAAUAAGCAUGAAUUAUCCAGUGAAGUCUACAUCCAUUCUCGAAGUUGUGAAAACCAUAAGGUGUUUGAGUUAAUGCUGUGUUGUAGAAUAUUCUCUUCUGUCGCUGUUCUGCCUGCCGCAUGCUUCAGGCUUCUGUGCAUGUCAGGAGCUGUUGUGGGGACUGAAUUGAGCUGUGUUUAUUUUGAUGGCAUAUGUGUGAUUCUUUAGCUUAGGGUUUGUAAGGCCCCUGUGCCUCCUUGCCUGUGGGCAUCUGUUACCAUUCCAGCUGGGGCAAGGUCUCACCCCUUCUCUAGCCAGCCUCUCAGAGCCUCCCCUCCCCCGUGAACCCCUCGGGCCUCUGUCCUGGCACCACAACAAGGCAGCUGUCCCUCGGGGAGUCACUCCUGUAUAGCAAGCACUGCGUGAGUUUACAUUUGUUAUUUUCAUAAGGAUUUUAUUUUAAAUCAUAAGCCCACUGGCAUUUCAGUUCUGCAGCUUUUUUGAGGCCAUGAUGUGUGAUAGUGUUGGAGAAUCCUUAGGCAAGGAGAUCUGCGUAGGAUGCAAAGAGGUUAAUAGGUGCCAUCCAAAAAAAUAACUGAUAUAUUAUUUGUGUUCCAGGGAGCUUGAGAAAUGGUGGAGAUUGUUGUACAUCAAGAUAUCAUCACUAAGGUGAUCUAGUUUGCAGCAUUUCCCAAACUUAAUUGACCAUAGAACCCUUCUUGGAAGAAUAUCUUACCCUUGGUUUCUUCCUGUAUAAAAUAUAUAAAUAUAAACCAAAGUAUAUUAAAAUUAUAUAGGUACAGUCACUAUUCUGUGUACUACACAAGUUUUGUCAAGAUAGAACUAUUACAUCUGCCUAUGAUUUACAGGUGGGAAGGACCAUAAAAAAGUUAGGAUUGUUUUUUUCCUUUGAUAUUUUUUUAAAACAGAGAAUGGAAUACAUGAUAUUGAGUCAGAUUGGAAACUGUUCCUUGUGUUCCUUUCUUCCUAUCCCUCUCCUCCAUGCUUGGAAAAUCACUUCUGUUUUUGAGGAUCUCCCAUUAAUAAGUACAGAAAAUUGUUAUUAAUCUGCAGUUACCUUUUCAUUUUAAAUUGCUGAGGUUACAUUUGUGCCAUCUUCUAAAUGCCUGAUACACUGGAACGCCUAGAAUGGCUUUUCUUUAUUGUAGCCCCAUAACUAUUUAUAUAUUUCCUCUGUUUUCCACAUUCAGUUUUUCUAGAUUGGUGUAAGUUUUGUUUUUUGUUUUUAAGGGACUAAAAAUUGAAGAUCCAUGUUUACAACUAAUUCCCUGCCCCACAGAUACAUAGAUACCGUAGCUAGACUCUGCCAUGACGGCAAGCUUUUUAGAGACCAAGUGCAAAACUGCAGCCUAGAACCCACUUACUUUUUGCAAAGUGCCUACAGUGCAAUUAAACCCAAAUUCUGAGGUUUUAGUUUUAAAAAAAAAAAGCUCAUAAAUUAGCAUCUCUUAAGAGAAAAGCGCAGUAAAUAUAUGCUAUAGAUUCACCAUUGCUGCCUAGAGUAAGCCUUUUCUGCGGUCCCAGCCUGCUGAUUUUUUCCUCUUUAACUAAUCUGUGCUCAUACUAGCAUGUUUGUAAAUGUUUUCUAAAUGAACAAACAGCUUUGAACACCAUAAAAUGCUGUUUCAAUUUCAUGUGGAGGCAAGAUUGUAUUUCUUCAUGGUUUGAUUCCAUGCUGUCAAUUCUGCUUAUGUUGACAUUGAGAACAUAGAGCUCGGUGGUCUCAGUGAGCUAAUGUAUUGACAGUGUAAUUUAACUGUAAUGCUUUGGUUGCAGGAAAUAAAAGAAACACAUUUCGGGUGUAGCUCAGUGGUAGAGCACUUGCAUGACAUGCAGAAACCUCUGGGUUGGAUCCCACCUAUUACUUAUCUUGGAAAUAAUAGAGAAUACAAAGCAAUGCUUGUCCUGAUGAAGUUUGCAUUCUAGUGGAUGAGGCAAAAGUGAAAUGGAUGUAUAUUAUGUCAGAUGGUAAUGGGGAGGCAAAAUGAAAGAGAUUGCUAACUCAUUUGUGGUGGUCAAGUAAGGUCUUGGAUUCCUGAAGAAUGUACAGAAAUCUGGCGGAGGAAUGCUUUAAAAGUGGAAUCAACAAGUGUGUAUACCCAGGGGGAAGCAGGCCCUGCAGAGUGAGCUGGGGAACAAUGUAAGAGGGGAGAUCAAACAGGUGACAUGGGACAGAUGGUAGAAGGCUCUUGCACUGCUGUAAUGCAUCUGGCCCUUUGUUCACAAUGAAUCAGGAAGCCAGUGGCAUAUUUUGAGCUAGAGAGUGACAAGACCCUGCUAAUCUUUUUAAAAAUAUCACUGCUUCAACAAAAUCAAAGAGGAAGCAGAGAAAGUGAUUUUGAGGCAGGUACAGUAAUGCCGGCAUGAGAUGAAGUGGAAGCAGUGGAAAAAAUGAGACUAUAAAAUGUCAGGUAUUUAUUUUGAAGGGGGGGCCUGGCAGAAUUUGCCCAUAAAGUGGAGGUAGGAUGGCAGAGUGGAGUGGGGGAUAACUUUGUAAUUUAACUAAGCAACUUGGAGAUCAAAAUUAGCAUUGCUGAAAUGCAGGAUCCUGGGAGUGGAACAAAUUUGAAGGAAAAGGAAGUUUGGAAAUGGUUGAGGGUGAGCUGUCUCUAGACACCCGAGGAGCUGUUCAAUAGCCAAUUGGUUGCAGGAGCUUGCAGACAGGAUUGAGAUCUUGGCUGGAGACAGAGCUGCGUUGACCCAUAGAAGUCUGGAGGGUCAUCUAGGAAUUGUGUAUAAAGAAAAAACAUCUAGACACUCAGUCCCAAGGCACGAGCACCAAGGGGAGACAAGGAAAGCAACAGAAGGUGGUAGCCUAAGAACCAAGCAAAUUAAGUACCUCAAGAGGAUGGGCAUCAUCAGCUUUCUGAUUGCUACUGGUGGUCAGAGUGAGUUAAGAGUGAGAGAUGACCAGUGACGUUAAAAGGGCGCAGUCCAGAGCUGGCUUGGCGAAGUAAUGGAGAUUGAAGGUUUAACUGGAAUGGGUUCCACACAGAUAAGUCCUUGAAUUUGUUCAAAUGAUGACAGAGAAAUAACAAUUGCUGAAGAAGAGUGUUGGGUUAAGGAAUGAUGUUCUUAAGAUGACAGCAUAUUACUAUACUAGAAUAUUUUAUGUGACUAUGGAUGACUAGAAGGGGAAAUGGAAAACAGAUGAUGUAAGACAGAGGGCAGUUGCUGUAGCAAUGUUAACAUAUAUUUAAAGGGGAAGGGGGGAAGUUCAUUGGCUUGGUUUAGUUUUGAGGUCUUGCAGUGUUGCCCAGGCUUGUCUUUGAGUGUCUUUAGGCUCUCAAAUGUGAAGUGGCAUAGAAAAAAUGAGUGAGAUAAGAAUGAGACAAAGGAGGAGGCCUUUAAUAUGGGCAUGGGAGAGCUUCAUGGGGCGGGGGGUACAGAGGCUCUCAAAUGAGAACAAAGAAGUAGAGCUACUUUUUCAGGUUUGGUUGGAGGAGUUUGGGAAGUGGCAAAAUGACAUAUUAACAGCUGAUUCAAAGGAGCAUCUGCCUGUGUAAAACAAGAGACAAUGAUUAUCUGGAGGCUGGAGGUGGUGACUUGGGUGGUUGUGGAGUUUUGGGAUUGGAAAGCGCUUGGCACAUAUGCAAAAGGGAACAGGAGGUUUAUCUCUGGAAUGUAAAGGAGAAUGUUAAUCUUGGAGAGAUAAAUUGUUUCUCUGGGUCUGGUACCAAGUUGGGAGGAUGUAGCUAAACCCCAGGUUAGCAGAACCUAUCAAUGUUAAACUCCUGUACUCAAGCAAUCUCCUGCCUUGGCCUCCUGAGUAACAGACUGUAGGCACAUGAGACUGCAAGCCCAUGUUACCAUGACUGCAUAGGAUUGGAAUCUUGAAUGCAAGUAGAAUGCUGGCCUUGGUCCAAGAAACUCAAACAGUUUAAGAAGAAGACAGAAGGUAUGGCACCCACACAAGCAGGUUGGGAAACUGGUGUUUGGACCAGUUGGAAGUUUGCUUCAGUGCUUUAAGUUUUUGAAUAAAACAAGAUGCAGGCUUAUCAGCCAACAAGGUAGAUAAAGGAGGAAAUAUGGUAUUACAGGUUUGAGGGGAAAGAAAGGAGCAUGAAGUAGUUGACUAGCAGAGGAAGAAAGAAUGGACUGUAGAAACGAGGUAGAUGGCCAGAAAUACAAAGGUCCUUGGGAAUAAUCCAAUAUAAUUUCCUUUUUCUAUUGCUGCACUAGGACAACUUGACCAUGAUACCCUCAAAAACAACCACUCUUCCAUUGUUAAAUGUGCCACAGUGUGUGGAUCUGUUCACCUCUAACUGGACGUGAAUGUUGUUUCAGUUUGGAGUCAAUCAUGAAUCCAAGUCCAGUGAACAUUCUUUUAAUGAACAUACAUGUUCAAUUCCCCAGGUGAAUUCCUAGAAGUAGAAUUAGAGGGUCAUAGAAUAGGUAAAUAUUUAACUUGGUAAGAAAUCACCAGUCUUCUACAGUUGUUCUGCACAAAUAACCAAGCAAAUGCUUCACCUUUGUAGAUAACAAAUAAGCUGUAAUAAGUGGAAAAUGCAGUAAAGUAGACUUAUACUCGCAAAUCAUAGAACUUUGCAAUCUUAGGUCACGGAACUUCUGUGUACUCAAUACCUCCCAAAGGCUACACAAAGGAAGUAAAUUAGAUCGUCUGUAAUAAGUUCGCUUUCAAGUCCCACAUUCUUUGAUUUUUGGUGGAAUUUUGCCACAUAAUAAACAGACAGCCACAUCUCUACACAUUUUUAUUCCAUGGGAAUUGAAUGCCAUAUAAUGUACUGGACACAAUAAGGAAAUCUAGAACAUAAGGUACAGGACAAAAGGAUUAGGCGUAUACACAGCACACAGUUAUGUGUGAAAAUAUUUAAAAGAGAAGUGUAAGGUGAUGCAGAACUCCACUCAAAAUUUUAUAUAAAAAGUCGUAUACCUAUGAAUAGCUCCCAUCUGCUUUAAUUAUAACAAAUACUGGGAGAUGCAAUUAGAUGGCUUAAGAAAAAUUGCUUACACAUUCACUGUCUGGAUUAUUGUGACUUGUUUUGAAACCAGAGUAGCAAAGCAUAUGUCUUUGUUACUUUUGUAGAACUACUAGCCAAACAUUUUACUCACCUGGGCUCUCUACAGCCAAGAGCAAAGAAAAUUCCAGCAGACAGCAACAGUCCCAUUGCCAUGUGGAACACGCCAUUCUCUCUCGGUUAGCUUGCUGGAGGGUACACUUGGCAAAGACUGAGGAGCCAUGGUUCACUUGGUUGAAGUCAUCUGAUAAAUAGAGAUUGCUGGGAAAGACAGAUUGAACAUCAGUGUGAGUUCCCAGACUACUGUAAUUUAUCUUUCAGGUUAAUGAGAAUUAGGGGGAAGAGAAAACCGGUUGGAGAUAUCCCUGAACCAGGUGGUGAUCAGUGAUAGAGGUAGAUGUCCAAUUGAUUUUAGGCACCCUUCAAAGCCCUGGGUUAGAUCCUGAUCCACCAGGAAAACACCCAUGCUCUGUGCUUGUCAACAGCUUUUUCCAAAGGGGCUCUGAAGAGCAUAAGCAUGGGAAGGCAUACAUAGACCUAUGCGGUCUUGGAGUUGAGACAUUAGAGGUCCGUUAGGUCACACUUCUGUCUCAUGCCGAUUCCUUUCCACCACAUGCCUGACCCAGUUGUCAUCUGGCCUCUGCUUUAAUAUCUCCAACUGGCCUGGGACUUGCUACCUUAGCACAUUCACCAUAGGACGCAUAGCUUUUCAGUACAUUCCAUGAUGGCACAACCUUCCCAAACCCUCUGUGUGUCACCUUUAUUCCAUGGCCAGAGGAAAGAAUUUAGAACAAAAGCAUAUAGCUAGCACAGGGUAGCAGCUCUAAUUGGUUUUGUUUCUCUUUCUCUAAGAGGAUAAAUAGUAGACAUCAUAACAUUUUUUUUUUCUAUUGGAAGCAGAAAUAAACUCUGCUUCCCUUCCUGGUGCCCACCCUGACUUUAAGUCCUCCUGACUGACAUCCCAUUGGUCAAUAAAUAUGAAGCCUGUUUCACAUUUGGCAUAUCCUCUAUUCCAAGCCCAUUCACCAGUGUAAAGCACUGAUUCUUACCCAGGACAGUUUACCCAUCACGGUACAUGUGUCCCUUUCUGGGGACAUUUCAGUUGCCACAACUAGUGUGGGUGCUAUUGAUAUCCUUUAAGUAUGGGCAAGGGGUGUUGUUGCACAUUUUGCCAUGCACAAGACAACCCCUGUGAUAAAGAAUUACUCGACCUACAGUGCCAGGGUCGGGAAACUGGGCCAAAGCUAUAGUUAGUACUAUCUGAUGGUGGCCAACAUAGUGGUGGCAUUUUUAUUAUUAGUACCUAGGAAAAUUGAAAGAGCUUUAAUGCUAUAAACAGAAGAUUUUAUGCGUUUCUGUUCCUCAUCAAGGACUGAGCAGUUUGCUGUAGGAAGGAUUCAUUGCAAACUUAGCUGAUGGAAGGGGUACACUAUAAUGCAUAAAAGUGCUAUCUGCUAAUUUUAUUUAUACUUAUUAGUAUAUGUUGUGAUAUUAAGCAUUUAUUAUGAGGAAUUGGUACAUAUACGUAUCACAACUUGAUCCUUCUUAUCUGCUGAGUUUAAACCAUCAUGGACCUCAUGAAAUGGUGGAUACCUUCAAAUUGUAAACAGGAGCUUAGUUUUGAAAGGGCUCCCAGGAUUUUUGAGACACUUCCAACUCAUUACUACUAAUGCAAAAAUGUAUAUGUUGCCUCCUUAAAUGAGAAGACCCAGAGAGUUUUAAAGACUUUGGAGUUUGAAUAGUUUAUCCAUACAAUUUCACAAAACAACCUAUUUUGCAUAGUUGAUCCAGAGUUCUAAACCUGGUGUCUUGUUUAUUGUUUGGUAAGGAUUUUGUUUGGCUGGGAAUAUUUCUGUGUUGGGGAGACCAAAGAAAACAGUUUUGAAAGAGAAUCCGAAGAAUUUUCCCCAUGGUCUUCAAAGACAAAAGUAAUGUCUGAUACUGAUGCACAUUUUGAUGCAUAAUAGUGACGUGACAGACAAAGUGUUGAAUAAUUUCCCACACACCCUUUUGGGGCUGGAACCCAUGCUGAGAGAGGAUGUGAAAGAGCUUGUCAGUGGAGGCAGGAGCUAAUUAGAUGGGCUCCAGUGCUUUUCUGGGCUGAUUUCAGAAGUGCAUGCCCUGUCACAUUUGCCUGGAAUGUCAAUUCAGGUCCUUUCCCCCAUCACUUUGACUCAAGCCAAUCCAAACGUGACAGUGGCUUCUGGGGUGCUUUCAGAGCUGUGUGCACACUAUUAGGGAUUGGGGCAGCAACAGAAGUGUGCAUUCUUUAGGGGCACCAAAGUCAAGGUCAAGGAAGACGCCUUGGGCUCACAGUAAAUCAUAAAUCAUGACUCAUUGAAAUAAGACAGGCAGGGUUAUCUUGGCCGUAUGUAUAAGACUUUGGGAUGUGGAAUUGUCUCACCAGGUCAGUUUCACUUUCUCUUUUCUGGAUUGUGAGCAUAGUUCUUAAAUGACCAUUUUGGCUUUUAAAAGGAAAUGGAAAAACUAAAAGAAAAAGAAAGGAGGGAGCUGUUGUUAGUGGUGGAGAUGGUGGCCACCUGGAACUCCAGGGGUUCCAGAGCAUAGGAUGGGAAGCCCCUUCAGUCGUGUGAUUUUUUUAUUUUAAUGGUGAAAACCUCCCACAAUGUUUCCUAUUACUGUGAACCUCGUGGAAAGCCACCUAAGCAGAUCCCAAGGGUGACUUCCCUGGCAGGGGCACUCUGCAGUGUGACUGGGCCCCUGAAUCCUUCCUUCCAAAGUCCUGCUUUAAACUAGCUAUUCUCAUGCCUCAGCCUCCGGUGGAACAUGACGCUUUUCUCUGUGAUGGUCAAAUUAAUUACUGGAAAUGGUUUGCUGCCAGACAGUUGGAUGCUAAUUUUGAGUCAAACUGUGGGACCCAGAAAGGCAAAUGUGUUGGUAUUUGUUGGUGAUGAUUAAAAUGAAAAAUAAUGAAAUAGGAAAAAAAAUUUUUUUUCAUGGUAGACACUAAUGCAGAUUUGGUGAGGACACUUUGCCAGAGUUGACUGUGACCUGAGUUAAAGCUACUCAAACUGUGGUGUGGGCAAAAAGAUUAGAAAAGUGAUUAAUUUAUUGGUGUGCUUCCUGGUAGGCAGGAGACUGAGUUUGAGAUAUUUCAACACAAAGCAAAAAACUGGCAAUGAUUAAACAUAAGGUGAUAUUUGGGGUGAUGUUCUCUGAAUGUCUAAGUUUGAUUGUCUAGUUUAACUCCAUCAUGUGUCCCAGGUUUAUGAUACCUUUUUUACCAAGUUCCACUCAGGAGGAAUUAUUUUCAGUUAAAUGGAUCAUGACCACUGCUGAAGCCACCAUGAAAUGCACCUGGAGUGUGAGGCCACGCGGAGAACAAAGCUACCCAGCUCACAAACGGAUGGCUCCGGAGUUAGCCAGGCUAACGCUGGCUUUGGGUAUCAUUUUGUUCUUUCCCAUCAACUGUUACAUUAAUGAGGUCUAGAGAUAAAGGCGGGUAUAGAGUUCAUGGAGCUGUAUGAUGCCAGAAGAUGAGUGUCACAAGCUGUCAGUGUGACAAAGAGUCUGGCAGAACCCUGAUCAUUGGAUGGAAUUAUAAUGUGUUGUGAAAGUGUUAAUAAAGAAAAGAAAAAACAAGCAUGAAAGGGAUCAAGUAUUAGUGGAAAAGCAGAAAAUUUAAAAAGGAUAAGAAGUUAUGUAAUAAUUUCACAUGGAUACAGGAACAGACUGGCUUUCUUUCCAGUGUUUGAGAUAGGCAAGACCCUAAGCAUAUACCCUAGAAUACUGCUUAAUGAAUAAGUAAACAAAGACACUCAUAAGUGCUUUUCUGAGGAUGACUUUUUUUUCAAGUAGGUGUUUUCUCAAAGUUAAAUAAUUUAUACCUUGUUGCUAAAUGGCUGAUAUAAAAUAGCAAUAUAAAGAAUUUGUGUCAUCAGUGAAGUCUCUCUUGUAGACAUAGGGAGCUUUACUUGGGGUGCACAGGGCAGUUCUAUGUGAGAGUCAUGGCCCACUCAGCACAGGACACUUCUUUAUGAGGAUUUAACCAGACUCAUAUAGGUGCAUGGACUUUGGUGUUUCACAGUGGAACAGGUUACAGUUAAGAAAGUGCAGAUGUUUGUGAGAAACUACUGUUUCAAAGUCUCUGAAAUUUUUUCUUUAAGUACACUUAAGGCUGAAUUUCCUAAUAUUUUCUCUUGCUUCCAAGGUGGGCAUGCAAGACAAGACUAAUAGUUUAGUGGAGUUAUUGAAUCUCAUUUCUCUUUUUAUGCUAUACAUUUUUUUUUGUUUUUGAUAAUUUAAAAUUUUAUCAUGCAGCCAUUCAGUGACCUCUGUUCUUCCUCUAAUGAUCACGAGAGGAAAGUCCUGGGUGUUUAAGUAGCAGCCUCAGAGCCUCCAGUGUGGCCUAGUUCUGUGAAGGGAAGCUGUGCCAUAGCAAAGCCCCACUGUGGAGAGAAGUAGGCAGUGUGGCUCUGUUGAGAGGACAAGGACCAAGCAGGCACUGUAGACACCUGGAUACUCACCUGCCCUCCAGCCCAGCAACCUCCAGGCUCCAUCUGCUCACUUGUCAGAAAUGCAGAACCUCAGAGACCACCUCAGCUCCCUGAAUCAGAAUCUACACAUGCAAGUUUGAGAAGCUUUAUGUGUCUGUCAAGCUUCUGAGUGAACCCUCCCGAGGGCAAUGGGACACUCAGAGUGCCACUUCCUGAGAGCAGAGUGAUCAGUGACUGACCAAGACUGAACCACUGGGGCAUUCCUGGGGCACUGGAAAUAAUCAGGAUCUGUGAAAAUGACCCAAACCCAGCAGAAGCUGUAAAACUGAAAUAUCUGUUUGUAUGGAAUUUGUUUCUUCUGGAGAUGCGGAAGAGUUGUUCUCUUUGGAGAAAUUUGUUAUAGAUCGUUUGAAAGGUCAAACAAUAAGGUUCAGUUAAUAAAAAGGAAGAAGGUGAGACUUAGUUAUCAACAGACUUUCUCAAGGCCCUCAUUUUGUGCUAAACUUUAAGAAAAUCUGUUUCGCGCCCCCCCCCGUAGUGUCUUGUUUUUAAAACAUGUCCAAAGUGAAAAAUCACAGAACAAAUACACAGCUUGCAUCAGUUAGUGCCUUUUCUUCCUGUCUUGUAUACUGUUUAUUAAAUGCAUAAAAUUUUAUAGGCCAUAGAGUAAAGAAUGUACAAUUUUUGCUACUUAUUUUGUAACACAUUCCGUUGGAACUUAACUCAGAGUUGUUACAUGGUCAGUGAAGUUCAGGCUUAUACUGAAAAAGAAAAGUGCUAUUUAUAUAUGAACAUAAAUUGAUUUUAAGGUAAACUGAAUCUAUGAAGUGUGUAAAUACAUUUGUGUACAUAAUGAUACACUGAUGUGAAGGAAGAUUGUUACCUACUUUCAUUUUUCAUAAUGUGCUGAUUCUUUACAAACAGUUAAAGCAAGUGGACGUAUUGCAAAAAUGUUCAUAACUGACCACCCUAACUUCUAGAACUAUAUUCUCCAAACUGUUAAUUAAUGUAAAGUCAGCGUCAUAUAUUGAGAUGUUUAAUCAACUGGCAGAUUGUUGUCAAUAAAUAUGUGUCUUAAGUGGUUUGUAAUGGACAGGCUAAUGAAGUACCCUGUGUGAGUGUCAGAGCUAUUGGGAAAAAUCUCUCUUCCUUCUGGGCGGCUUGCCAUAUACGAUCAGUCUUCCUUGGAUUCAGACAGGAUGCCCUUCAGCACUCUGCUUUCACCUCUGGAUAGAGUAUCCAGAGAAUCAGAGAGUAAAUUUCAUUCUCUAUCAGCAGAUAGUUAAGCAACAUGAGGGAAGGAUUGGUUACUAGGAGAGCAGUAAUAUUGCCUAUAAUAAUAGUGACUAGGUUUCUUCAACAGUUACUACAUGCUAGAGCCUUGCUUAGUGCUCUAACUUACUUGUUUCACUUAACUUACUGAGCAGCCCCAUGAGAAGGUCAGUUUCUCAAACCCUCAGAUCCUUUAUGUUUCAAAUACUGCCACGACAGUCCUGAAAUAGAUUGUAUAAGUAAUAUGACCUACCAAGUGAUGCUUAAAGAGUCAUUAUAAUUCCCUAGCUACCGGGUAAUGGAGAAAUUAAAAAAAUAGUGUUUAUUAUUUAGUACAUUCAGUAUAUAAAUGCUGAUCCUGACUAUCCUUCAGGAUGGGAAGUAGCAGACAUUUUUGUCUGUGCAUAAAAAUUCCAUGAAUUGGAUGAUUCUAAUGACAGACUGAUAGUGAUACACUUGUAUAAAGAAGCAAAUAAUUCUUAGAAAAGCUGCAAAUACAAAGCAGUCUUAUUUUGAUUUGUACAAAAGUCACAUUUUUGGAAUGUUUAGCUUACUCUGAUACUGGUGGAAAGUGCUUUGUGUCCACAUGUAAAACUGACUCGGGUUCUAGAACCCUGGAAUAGUAGGGUUUUCACCUUGCUGACCAUCUAGUGGGACACUGAGAGGUCAUGCAGCCAAGGAGACCAUCCUUAGCAUUGCCAGUGUGACUUGCUGUUAAACAACAUCUGACAUCCCAAACCUGAAUCUGGAAUACAUCCAGACGGCCUCCCCACAAUCAUGAGGACAAGUAUAGAUAGCCCUGGCACAUCCUGGAAAGUGUACAUGCAGCGGGUCACGGCUACCUCAUGAGAUAAGUGUACUCCAAUUUUCAUCCCUAUUUUUUCACAUGUGGUGACUGAUACACUUCAGUAGCUUCCUGAAUGCACAAAGGCAGGAAGUUGCAGAGUUGAGAUGCAGACUCUGGCCUGCAUUUAGCCCACUGUGGCAUCCUUCCUUGUACAUCAAGACAGGCCUCGGGCUGGGGAUUUAGCUCAGCGGCAUAAGCGCCUGCCUUGCAAGCAGGCAGUCGUGAGUUCGAUCCCUGGUACCGAUAAAAACGAAAAAGACAAAAAAAAAAAAAAAAAAAAAAAAGACAGGCCUGGGUGGGCUGGAUGGACCAUGGUUGACUAGAAUGUAGAUCACAUCUGCACUUCCUUCUGCUGUGCUCAAGAGCUUUGUGUAUGUUUCCCAACUUUCCCAUGCUUGCAGGACUACUGUGACUGAACCCUUUUCACCAAUGAUGAAGAUUAAUCUUAGCCCCUUCUCCAAGUUACCCAGCCUAGGAAGGGAAGACCUGAGUUCCAAACCUCAGCUGGAAUUCCUUCAAAGUGCAAGCUCUUGCCUUGGCCCCUUAGAGGAGAGAGGAGGAGAGAGGGUAUACAUUAUGUGGAUUCCUCUCACCCACCCCUUCUGAUCUCCCUGCACUUUCUCCCUCCUUACCUGAUAAGCAGGGUAGCAAAGUAGUUCAUUGGACAAAUGAGGACAAUCGAGAGCGGAAGAGGAACUAAUAUACCAGGACAUUGAUGUGCAUCCCUCAGGGAUGCCCACUUCAGAGCUGUAAAGAAGAGGGUAUUUGAUGACCAGUUCAUAGUUGAGGCUCAUACACAGAGCUAAAAAGGUGCUGUGCGAUUAUUGGUCAAAUACUACUUUGUGACUGUUGUGGUUUGCUCUAGAAUGUCCCCCAAAGUCUCAUGAGCUCAGCAGCAUGGUUCUGGAGGGUGAUUAGAUCAUGGGGAUAUUGCACUCAUUGAGAGUUUCAUUGUCUACUGAGCUCAGCAAUUGAGUAGGCCAUUUAGACACUGGUCAGAAGAAGAGGAUCACUGAGGAUGGGACAUGGAACAAUGUAUCAGUUCCUCCCUUCUCUCUCUCCUUCCUGGCCACCAUGAGGUGAGCAGCUUUAUUCUACCAAGGCCCUUCCACCAUGUCCUUCCUGCCUCAUAGCCAGCCAAACAUGGACUGAGUUCCCUUAAGACAAGCAACCAAAAUAUACCACUCCUCCUUUAAGUUGUGGGUGUUGAAUGUUUUGUCCUAGCCACAAGAACAUGACUAAGACAGCCACCCUCAGUGACUAGGUGACCAUCUUGAAGAAAACUGUAACUAUCCUUUUGAGAUGUCUCCCACUCUUUUUGUGAGGCAGGGACAGAGAACCCUGAAUAUUGCUUCUUAGGAUAAUGAGAAUAAGGGGAGAGGGUCAUUGGGAGAUGCCAGAACCCCACUAGGAGAAGAGCUUUUAGAGUUAGAGCCUAGGAGUCAGCCUGCUCCCCACAUCCAGCCUCGCCCACUUCCUUUUAGCGCAAGACCAUAGGAGCCUUCCUUCAGCUAUAUGUAAAGCUUAUCCCGAAAGAGUGUAAGUGACUAAUUCUGCCUGAAUUUCCCCAAGCCUCCGCACUUGUCUUUGUUUAUUAUAUUAAUAAAUACUAUGCGGCUAAUGUUCCCAUCUGGCAGGAAGGAGGAAAGAGCAUGAAAAUGAAGCUGCGGUUACAUCACUCCAAUACUAAUGAAGGUGAUACCCGCUUGGCAUGGUAGAAAGGUGGGUCUUUAUUUUAGAGUUCUUAAUUAAGAACUGCCAAGUGACUAAUAUUAAUUAGGAAGCCAGCUGUAUCCUUCAGUUUCAUGGUAUAUUUCUUCUUGAGAACCUGUGAAGGGAGUAAGUCUGAGGCUCUUUUAAUCAAUCAGCCCUUGAGCAAUUAUCCGUUAAGUAUACUUUGUGUGUGGGGGACCAGGCUGUGUGGACAGAGAUUUAUAAGAUACUGUCUUUGCGUGCAAGAUGUGUGCCUAAUUGAGGAGUGCGCACAAAGUGAACCAGUAUUUCUGACAGUGAAUCAGACUGUCCUCUGGAUAAAAGAGGCGGGCAUAAGAGAAGUGUGACACAGGGGAGAGAGAUUUUUCAAACAACACAGGUGUUUUUCCUAUGUCCUCCAGGUUGCAAUGAUAAGCCCCAGUCAAUAUGGGAGGUGUCUUAUCCUUGGGCUUGUUGGAGCACACUCAGCAAAUUGAAAAAGUGGAUUUCAGAGGAGGGAUUGAGGAUCCUGGACAGAAGAAAUGCUUCAGGAGACUGGUACUGGAUCUAAGGAGAAGUAAAAGUUCUAGUCAUAGAAGAAAAAUGGGCAGCCCCCAGAGACAGAAGAAACGAGGUCAGGCUAGUGAUGGCAUGAUACUGGAAAGUCCACUUCCUCUCUGGAAUGCUAGGGGUCUCUGCCUACUAUUACUGAUUCUGCUGAUGCUGCUCAUAUCUCUACGCGCGUGCACGUGUGUACACACACACACACACACACACACACACACACACACACAGAGCUGGGCCUCCUACAGAGACCUGGCACCCUGAUUUGGGGAAUUAGUGCACUAUAUAUGCCUGACAUGAUCAUUCAGCUUGCUAAUAAAAUUAUAUACCUAGAACAAAGAGCUUACUAGGAAGCACCUCCAAACCCAAUCCACUUUCCUGCAUUCUAAGUCUCCUCUGACAUUGAUAUGUUAAUACCUUUUCUGAAUUCUCCUUUUCUGAAUCCCUAGCAACUGAAGAAAGAUCAUAGGAAGAUUAAGUUGUAAUGUCCUCUUUUUAAAUUUUACUUUCCCUUACAGAGAGCUUUACUGAUCCACAGAGUCCGCUGCACCCCCUGCCAAGGCUUGACUUAUAGUUUAAUGUGCAGUUCUCUCUGAAUUUUAUACUUAGACAUUUAGUUCGUGGAGUUGUAUCUGUGAAUUGCAGUGUGCUAAACCACCUGCCGGGGUGCCCUGGCUGUUUUUCUGCAAGGCUCACAUCUAGGAACCUGUGAUUCUUCAAGUGCCUUUACAAACUUCUUUGAUUAGUGUUUGUUUGAAAUCAUCCAACAAGAACUCAUGGUCAAGAGUUCUAAGCCUUGAGCUCAGGACAUGGGAACUCACAAAGCCCUAAUCCGUGGAUUUAGACUCAGGGAGCUGAGUUUGAUAUGAUUUUCUCUCCAAAGGCUGUGCCACUGAAUUUCUUUUUUCCAUUGCUCUUCUCACGAGCACUAGAUUUUCUUCAGGUAGCAGAGGUAAGGGUGUGGGUGUGUGUGUAAGUAUAGACCCAUUCUAGCCCUAAUUUAUAACCUUUUGCUAUGGAAACUAAUUAAGACAUUAGAGCAAUCUCUUCCCAACUAGACAUUGUUUAACUAAGCAUUUUCUGUAUCCUCUUUGCUGCUUUAGGUACAAUCAAUAGUUGUUGCUUUUGCUGUGUUGCCCCAGUGCCAUUGCUUUGAAAUCCCUGAGUAUUACUUGUAAGCAGAGUCCCAUUUAAAAAAGAAGCAAGAAAAAAAAACUCAAUAUUGGAUCUUGCUUUUCUUUUUAUAAUUUGGAGGUGUUAUUAUCACCAAUGUAGAAUUAAAUUUAUUCAGUAGCCAGUACGAAUGAUAUCUAUACAAACAACAAGCAAAAUAAAGAGAAGUAAAUACUAAAGCACUACUCUCCAAAGCAGGGAUUUUCCCUGUCCAAAUAGGACUUGUUUUGUUUUUAUAUAUUAUAAUAUGUUUCCUUAAGUCAUCCCGAAGUGUGCUUUUAAAAGAAACUUUAUAGGUGUCUUUCAAAUGAUAAAUUAGUCUCACUUGUCUGUAAUGAAAAUACGUUCAUAGUAAUUAAAAUUUACAGCCUGUGUCUGUACACCUGCAGCCCUCUCACAGAAUGUCUUUGGGAAUCUGGAGGGUGAUGCUGUAUGGCUGGGACCCUGGCAGCAUGAGGGAAACAGAGCCAUGUGUCCCUAGUUCUAAUAUUUAGAAAAGGUCUCAGGUUUAACUCUACUUCUAAGCUUUGCUUAUGCCAGGAUAUUUCAGCUUCAUGGCUACUCAUGUUUGGGUCCUGUCUUAGUCUUUUUUCAGUUGCUGAUACCACAGUAUCACAGACUGGUACAAAGAAAAGAGGUUUAUUUUGGCUUAUAGUUCAGUCCAAAGUUGAGGUGCUGACCCUGUUGAUGACCCUCUUGCUGUCUGAGCCCUGAAAUGGUAUAAAGGAUCAGAGGGUAAGAGAGUCAUCAAAUUGGCUUUUGUAGCAGACCCCCUUUCUGCAUAAUGCACUCAUCCAUGAAUCAUAUGAAUUAAUUAAAUCCAUUCAUAAAGGCUGAAUCCUAAUUACCUCUUAAAGGUACCACGUCAUCCCACAUCUUAAUAGUUUAUAAUGGGGAUUAAAUCUCAGCAUGGGUUUUGGAAGUAACAAAGUGUGUUCGAACCAUAAGCCAUGCAGAUAAUUCUUUGUUGUGGGAGACUGCCCUGUGCAUUUUAGGAUGUGUAGCUGCAUCUCUGGCUCUGCCUACACUUCUGUGGGUGACUACUACAUAAAAUACCACUCUAGACAUUGCCAGCUAUCCAUUGGCAGGGGGCAGAAUUAUGUUACAUACUCUUAUUUUUAUUCUUGAUCAUAAGUUGUUACUCUAUUAGGUGUGCAUAUUUAAAAUAUGCAUAUUAUAGUUUUUGAAACUUUUUUUUUAGCCUUCUUUAAAUGGCUUGUUACACCCCUUUCCCUAACAGCAAAGGGGCUCUGGUCUAUGCUUAGCUCUGCUGGGCCACACUUCAGGCCUGGCAGUAGGAGUUAGUUAGUGAUCCUACUGACGUCAGUUCCCUAAGGAAUCUCACAGAUAAAUGAAAGAUUGGACCCUCCUGAGCCUUCCCAUACAUUUCUGACUUACAUGCAGGUUUGAUUCCUGCCAGCAAAACCCAGUGAGUAAUUGUGUGAUGUGUCAUCCACCCUUUCCUUUAACAGAGGCCUACAUUUUGUGAGAUACUCUUGCUUUCAACAUACUGUGUCUUGUAAUUGUCACAGAAAUCCAAUGAUGCCAGCUAAUACUACUCAUCCCUCUAUUUUUCAGUAUGAAAAACUAAAGUUAAGUUAAAUAACUUCCCUAAAGCCACACUGCUACAGCUGCUAUUCUGCUAAAACAGAAUUUAAUGGUAGUCUGUCCCCAAACAGAUAAAUGUUGAAACUUGUCACUACACUAUGAUUAUUACUGUGUUUUUAAAAGUACAUUGGGUGAAAACUUGAAAGAAAUAUACAAAAUACUACUAGAAGUUAUAUUUAAGUUACUGCUGGCAGUUUUCUUUUGACCUUUUUCUGAAUUUCUUAAUGGGCCAUAAUCAGUUUUUUUUCUUUUUAAACAAAACUUACAAGUUAAAAAUGAAAGGAGAUGUAGUUUAUGUUACUGUCAGAGUUCCUUUUUUGCUAUAAUUAUUCUGUACAUGUACAGAGGUGUAUGUGUCCAUAUGUCUGAGCUCAGCAGUCUUUGCUGUGUCUUUGGCCAAAGGCUGACUUACCAUGUCAUGGAAACCACAUGGGGCACCUCCUAGCAGUACCCAACCACAGUACAUACCGACGGAAACUAGGGCACGGAUGGAAACUUCUCCCUGCGUUGUGUUGCUUUCUUUUCUUUUUAUUUUAUUCCUUUGCUGUGCUGAGGAUCAAAGCCAGCCCCUCACACAUGCUAGACAAGCACUGUACCACUGGGCUACGUCCCUAGCUCCUAUUUUAAUACAGAUACCUUUGGGAUGAGAUGCAGCCUUAGCUACCAAAGGAGAGUGUGAAAAACGUAAUGUGUGCCUAAACUGGCUCACACUUAGUCACAGGUUGUGUUCCUGCUGCCGUCACAGAAGGAGAUGGAUAGCAGAGCACAUUGCCAUCAACACUCUGCCUAGUGAAGACUUGGAACUGGAACCAAGUUGACAGGAUCGUGAGGUAAACACGCAGUGUAUUGUAACAUGCCACCAGGCUGAUACAUGUGUGUGACCAGAAUGCACAGGACAUGUUUAAACAACAUGAAUAUUAUCCCAUGUGAUGUUAUUUACUUAAAUAUCCUUCCAUUAUAUCUUUCCAUUCAUUUUUAAUAUGCUAGUAUUCUAUAACAACUUACAUCUUAAGUUCAAAAAGUAUGGUGAACGUUAUGCUCACUGGGUAAUCCUUUUCAGUAAAUUACUAAUAAUUUAAUCCUCAUAGUCUAUACCUGAUUUGAAGUUAAGAUUCCUGUAACUACUCAGCAUGAGCAUUUCCCUUCAGUGCAAGGACACUUUGUUUACCUUUUAGGUAUUUGUUCAUAAGUUAGGUGCAUAUUGUUCAUUGUAACAUUCCCAGAAAUGCCUUCCUUACCCUAAUGAACUUACCGCUUUUUUCUAGCCUUGAUUCUUUGCCUACCCUCAUUGCAAGUGUCCCAGAAUCCAGACAUAAUUUUUCCCCAUAACCCCAAACUCCCAUGGAAUAUGGCUUGGAUGAGACUGUUUCUUGUAUUCAUACUGUACAUGGGAUCUUCACAUCCAUCUGCCCUCACCAUAAGCACUAUGUCGUGUCUGGAAAAAAGAAAUUAAUGUUGCUUUUAAAGAGCUGUAGACAUUUUAAUAAAAGUUUCUUCUCAGAUCUGUAUCAGUAGAAAGCAUAGUCAGAGAAUAUAGCAUUACUGUGGCAUGCCUGCCUGAAUACAUUUCCCCACUGAGCUAAAUUUCCCAGUCAACUCUGCCCACCCCCUGAGAAAGGUACCCAGAGUGGUGAGUCUAGAUCAGUGAUAUAUAUAUAGGUACCAGUUUCUUAUCCUUAAAUUAUUCCCUGGUGCUAUGACAAACAGGACCAAAGCUAACAGUCCAACGAGAAGUGCUUGUUUUAAACACCUAGUGUGCAAUGGGGAUUGCUGAAACCCCCUUCCCAGUUAGAUCAGCGGAGUCCACUAAUGCUUCUGCCAGAGGACCAGUGCUUGGCAUAAAUUCAUGAGUUCUCCAUGCCUUUGUGCUGGUCAGCGCCCGAUAAACUGUGGCAGUGACGUGGUCUCCCUGGGGACUCACAGUCUCCUGAUAAGCAGUUCCAAGAGCUCGAAGCACAGAGGCAUAUGGAAAUUCCACUCUCAUGCUUAAUAUACAACACACAAAAUGAAUUUUUCAUUUUGGCUUUUUUUAAAAAAUGGAAACAUUCCAGCUUUUCCUCACUGGCGUGCCUUUUGGAGUUAUUGACCGUUAAAGCAGCCGGGGAAGAGGGGAGCUGUAAUAUAAGCAGUGUGGUGUUUGCAAGGGAGAGCUGUAGGAGAGGUGAUGAUGAUUUUGGAAGCAUUAUUCUGAGUGUUGAGCUGAACAAAGAGGUAUUACUGCAGAAGAAAUGUACCCCAAAACGCAUUCUUAAUGUGUUCUUAGAUUUGGGCCUGGAGAACUAUACUGUGAGUGGAGUGGAUGAUAAGUAGAGAAGAAAAUAGCAAAUUAAGGGGACAAAUAAUCAGGGGGAAAAAGAAAGGGGAGGGUUGCCUGCUGGCAUCAGCAAAGAGAACAUAUAACUAGUGUCUGAUGCAUUUCCUUAAGAGUCAGUGUGUUUGCAAAUUGCUCCAUUGCAUCUUAGCAGAAGCUAAUCUGAGUAACGAAGAGCUGACUGGCGAACAUAGUUGGAUGAAUUCCCUCAGUACUCCUGAAAUAUAACAGAGCAAGGAACAGUAUAAUGAAAAAUAACAGAGAGAGUAGCUAGGGGCUUAACUUAUGAUCAGUGUUCAUUACAAUAAAUGACACUUUCACUGCAGAGUUACCAUAAAGAUUAUUGACUCUUACGUAAUGUGGUUCCCAUCUGAAUAGAUCUGAGAAAGGCUUAGCCUGGGAAUGGGAGGGCUGGAGUGCGAGGAGGGUUGAGCUGCACUCCAUACCUUCACUCAUUUUUCCCGUUAGUCCUGGGGAGCUGCCCAUUCAGGAUCCUGGACAGAGCAAUAUUCAGUCCUUCUGGAAGACUCCCUGUCUUUGCCAUUUGACUACUGUGACUGUGUGUUACAGCUCACAGGACUGUGUGGCAACCAGGCUCAGAAAGUGACUAAACUUAUUGGUCGUUUCACAUCUAAGGACUCUCCUUAUGUUCUCUGCCUUUUGCUAUUUUCCUCAAGCAUACAUAAUACAACUUUUUUUUAAUAUCUCUUUGGAAAGAAACUGUGUUUUGUGUAAAACUUUGGGCAGACAACCAUAAAGAAUUUUGCAAUUCUGUGACUUCACCCAAGUGUGGAAUGGACAGCCUGGUUCUGAGCAUAGUACACAGUAGCUGUGGUUUAUUGAGCACCUAUUGGUACCCGCUAAGUACUCUGUUAUUUCCUCUCUACAACCAUCCUAGGAGGUUUGUGCUGUUACUAUCAAUACUAUUUUACAGAGGAGAGAGAACUCUCAGAGAGGCUACAUAAUGUGUGCAAGUUACCCAGCUGCCAGGAAUUACAGAUGAGUUUCAGAACAGUCUCUACCCAUCUGCUUUGUAUUGAUUUCCACAUAGGCACUGAGCUUACAAAAAGAUUCCUGUUCAUUCUCUCACACGCUCCUUCUCUUUCCCCCAAAAACUAGGUUAUAAAUCUGUCAGUUGUCCCAGAACAUGGUUUCUUACUAUUUGAGAGUCACUACUGCCUUCCACUUGGGGUCUUGCAUCCACAGUGACAUUGUGCUGGGCCAGCGAGGUGCUUCCCAGCUACCCUGUCCCCUGGCAUCCGCACCUCACACUUUCACUUCCACCUCACUUUCACCAGCUGCAUUUAGAAUAUUCUAACACCUUCCAGGAGUGUUUUGUGGGUGAGAUUCUUCGAUGAAACACAAGAGAUUCUUGGAUGCAAAGGGCUGUUGUGACAAGUUUAAUCUCUUCCCUCCCUUCCCACAGCCACAGUUUUGCCUGUUUGGGACAAUGACACAGAGCACUCCCGCCCAGAGUGUCUGUGUCUGGAGUCCCCACCUCCCCCAGGGCCCCGCCCAGCUUCCUUAUUGGUGCCUGGAAUCCCCUAAUGAAUCUUACAGAACAACAGACCUAAUCCACGCAUCUUAGUGUUAACCUUUUGGUACUUGCAGACCGAAAGUUUCUCUAAGAAUCUUAAAACUUUGAUUUAAAAAAUAGCCAUGCAUGGUGGGACAUGCCAUUAAUCCCCCACUGGGAAGCUAAUGCAAGAAGAGUCUAAAUUUAAGCCUAACCUGGGCCACUCAGAAACUUAACAAGACUCUUGUCUCAAAUUUUUUUUAAAAACUUAUUUUUCCAUAAGACUCAAAAUAUAAUAAUUAAAAGGAAAGUGGAAUCCUAUAAUACAUUUACUACUGGGCUGCCACAGAUACCUUCUCUGUGGUUCCUUGUGUUGGGGGUGACUUAUCCCUGGAUACCACUUUUCUGGACAACAGCACAUCCCUUCACCUGGACUGCUGGACUGCUCUCCUUCUUUGUGUCUCAGGCCAGUAUUUCAAAUCUUGGGAUCUCAAGUAGAGAAUGAGCACAGAUUGACUUAUCUGUCUUGUCACAGAGAAGGCAUUCGCCCUCACAGAGCGGGUAUUUGGCAUUGCCAGGAAAAUAGCAAAAGGCACCAGGUGCCUGUUGUUGCUUGUUUGCCCAAGGAGAGUCUUGUGGAUGAAGCACCAUGUGGGUUGCAGACAGCUGGAGGUUUUCUGGUUUUGAUUUCUUAGCCUGUUCUGGGUAUUUUGUUUUGUUUCCUUCCUUGCUCCAUAUGUAAAAUGUGAUUCACCUCAUCAGAAAUCCUUGGAUAGUAGAGGAAAAGAACACUAAUCAAUGCUGUCUAAAAUGUCAGACACCGUACCCCACCCUAAACAGAGUGGAGGAGGAACCCUAGAGCUGUGAGCCCUCUGAGGUUUCAUUUAUCAUAAUUGCGCUGCAGGUCUCAGAGAUAAAGUGUGUAAGCUCCACUUAGAUGCCCAACUCAGACUGGCCAAAGUCCAUGCCCCUUAGUGCUUUGGCAGUGGGUUUUGGGUGCAGUACCAUGGAACACCCCAUUGUGUGGUGUCUGCCAGGAGUGACGGUGUAUGACAUCAUCACUCAUGCACGAUAGCUUCUACCUCCUUGCAAAUCCAGAGACCUCCUUUUCUCUUGAAAAACAUGGAGCAUGUUUAAUGGUCUACUUCCAAAACCUUCAGAGUCCCAGGUCAGUAUUCUUGGCCCUGGACUCUGACAUCGAUAGCCUUGUGCUUCUGUUGAUUGAGAUGUCCGGCCUUCUGUUGACUUAGCUGUGUUUCCCCCACUGUGGUCAACUCACUGGAAAGGAAGGACGCUGUCAUGAGCAGAGUUCAUGCCACCAGCCAUGAAGAGGAGGGGGAGGAGAAGGAGGAGAAGGAGACGAUGGCACAGUAGUGAUGCAUUAGUAACACUAAUAUUCUCUGUAUGCUUUUGCCAUUUGUUCUUAUCUUAAAAACAAGAAAGAGAGAAAGGAAAGGCUUCUUUUUGAUACCAGUAUUCCUAGUUAUGUGACAGCUGAUCUGUAAUUGUAGUAUCAUUUACAGCUACAGCCAUCAGACAGAUGUGGACCCUGGGCAGUUUCAUUUGUGGGCAUUGCCUUGGAUCCCGAUCAGGUAAUACUUAGCAAGUGCUGUGGAAGCCUGUUGUGUAAACCUGAGUGUGUAGCGACUGUUACACGAGUUGCUGUUGUGAAGGCUCCCUCAGUGACUUCAGAGGUCAGGAUCUUCACUGAGCUGCUCAUGAAGGAACCUUGUAUGGCCAUAUGGAAGUCUUCCCAUGAAGACACAAGUCCAUUCUCAUUUUUACUGUGUGCGCCCAGAGCAAAGGGAAAGCAAUCAUUACUUUUAUCAUGUUUUUAUAAAGGAAUUCUCUUUCAUAAAAACUAUUUUCGACUUGUCCUUACUAACAAUGGACAGGACUAAUAUUUGCUAAAAGAACAUUGUGCCAUAAAAGAAUUCAGCCAAAGCCCCUGGUCCAAGGAGGGAGAGGGAAUCUCCCAAGAAGAUGAAGUCUGGGCCUCCCACAGAGUAGCGUGGUGGCCUUUUUAUUCCUGUCAUCUGCUCCCCCAUUCUGCCUUACCUCUGUCCUUUAGCCCGGAAAUCCUGUAACACACUGAGGAGAGUAAGAAAGUGAUAUUGGGCCAAGUGUGGUGGCACAUGCUAGUAAUCCCAGCACCCUGGAGGCUGAGGCAUGAAGGAUCACUAUGAAUUCAAGGCCAGCUUGGGCUACAUAAUGAGACCCUUUCUCAAAAAAUUGGAAAAAAACAUGAUAUAGAAGCCAGGAAUUUGUGACAAGAUAACUACCCCCAACACCUCACCCUGCCCUGCACAGUACACAUUCAAUAGAGGGCUCCCAAUGGGCAAUCUCCCUGGGGUUGGAAUCAAGGACGUGAAGAAAUAAACUUUAAUGGAGACUCUCAUUAAGGUCAUGUGUAUUGGAUGACUGUUGUGUGCCAAGCCCUGGAUCUAGAAAACCAACAGUGAUUUCCACUUGUCCUUGUACCAGAGUCGGCACAUCCUAGUAAAUGCAAUGAUGCAAGCUUUCAUUCAUUCAGUUAGUCAACAAACAUUUAUAGCAUACUUGAGACAGAGAGCACUGAAGAAAACAGACAAGCUGCCUGCUCUGUAGGAACUAAUCUUUUAUUAGGAGAGACAGGAAACAAUACUAAUUAAUAAACAAUAAUUAUUGUAACACAUGAUAUCAAGGAGAUUAAUAUGGUUGGAGAUGUGGGCUCAGAAGACUGGGUAGGGAAAUUCACAUUUGAAAUUAGCACUCAGCAUGCCCUUUGGUUGUAGGGAACACAAAGCCUAAGAGUCAGCAUUAUCUGAUGGUUUUAUGAAAAUAAUCCAGCCAUACAAUGGACCCCAGGCAUGUCAUGAUAAAAUGACCCACACAGUAUCCCUGGAUUCUGUCUUUCAGUCCUUUGCCUAUGCUGGUUUCUGUCCUGGGUUGAGUCUUGUCACACAGUUCAUGGUGAUUCCUGUCAUUCUUAGUUAAGUAAAAGAGAAGGAAAGUACUUUUUUCUCCAGCUGUUAUAGCUAAAGUCCUAAGCCUGUUGCUCUCCUAGGCCAUAUGCUUGUGUGUGAACAAGGGCUGUAGCCAGGGGAGGGUACAUCCCAGGUGCUUAACGCUGAGUCAUGAAUUGCAUGACACAAGGCCAGGGGCAGCAGCUUCAGAUUCUGGAGUCCAAGGACUGACUCUUAUCCACAGCAUUGGAGCUGUUGGUAUCUCCGCUCCUCCACCUGUAAAGUAGGAUUGGUGCCAGGGCCCAGUUCAAGGAGAAGAACAGAGGGAGGAGUGGGGACCCACAUCAGAACUGGGUGAGGGUCUAGGGUAGGGACAGGGAGGCGAAUGACGCUGGGAUGGAGUAGAGAUAGCCAGAGAAUAAACCAUGCAGUCCACGUUUGGGUCCACAUUUGCAGGGUAGGACUGAUGCCAGCAUUCUGGCAAUAUCACCCUGCCCACGGCAUGCACAGAAUUCAUAACCUGCUCAUCCUCACUACCUUUCUUCGCCACCUGCAUUUCCCCCACUCUUUCCGUUGCUAACCAGCUCCCCUCUGAUGGAAAGAUUCCUUCUCCAGCUUUGUGAGUAGCCUUGGUGUGGUUAUAGCCAUGCCUGCCAGCCCAGGAAUCAUAGUGUGUUAUUCGAGUGGUUUACUGUGUUUUGACUUUGAUCCAUUUUGUGCCAAUUUAAGCAUUUAACGUGCAGAAGACAAUCUUAAUUUCCUGUAUAUUCAUGUUUUCAGGUGGUCAUAUAAUAUGGAUAAAAUAUAAUAAUCUGUGAUGAUAUAGGGUAGCAUUCAGGUAUACAUGCUAAGAGGUUGAUUAGAAAAUUACUAUGUUUGUAACUUGGCUUACUAGUUAAUGAAUUUUCAUAGUAGUGGUUUUUAAGAAUAUUUUUAGUGGGAUAAAUUUACCUAUAAAUAAGUAAUUCCUUGCUUUCUUUUUCAUAUUUAUAAGCAGGCUUGUAUAUCUGUGUGUGUAUUACAAACAUACAGACAUACGCACCCAAAUAGAUCCUUUCAAUCAGUACAGAUACCAUUUGCUAAAAUAAUUCUUCCACAAAGAAAUAUUCAUUCCAGGUAUGGAGGCAGUUUGUUUGAGAAACUUACCAGUGCCCUUGGACCUGUUUCCUUUUGCCUUUGAGUUUAUUCUGGAAAUUGCAACAUUUAGCACUUUGCAGUUUAAUUUAAAAGGAUUACCUAUUUUCUUAAAUGCUUAAGCAGGGAAGCAGGCUGCAGUUAUUGAUUUUUGUCUGCAUGUCUUCCACAAGAGCUGGAUUCGCUGUUUCCCCAGGGAACAUACCUCCUGAACUGCAUGCCUGCUGGUGACAGCUUGGACCUCUGAUACAUAACCGGAGACCUUGCCUAAUAUCUUUGCAACUGCUUGGGGAAUUUUUAUUAAGUAAAAGCAUCAUUAGAGUAGACAGGAUGAUGAAGUUUAAUGAGCAUCUUUUGUGCAUGAUACUGUUAGUUUUUCUCUGCCAGAAUUCUCAUUUCUCCUCUCUUGCGGAGCAGUGAGCAAGUCUGGAAUGUAUAACGUGUGUUUAGAACAACCUUGUAUUUUAUAUUUUUAUAUAGCUUAAUACUGUGUUUAUUCAGCUGCACGCUCCUUUUGGCUAUUUUUAUAGAUACCACGUGCACAUGUAUGUCUGCACUCUCUGUGCACAUUGAGAACUGAGAACGGAAGGAUUAUGAUGGAAGACUGACAGACCAUACCACCGCUACUGAAUGGUGUGGAACUGUCUCUUGGAACUUUGGUCUCAAAAAAAAAAAAAAAAAAAAAAAAUCAUUGCCUUUUGAAUUAGUUGGAUUCCUCAUAGGACUAGGAUAACUAAAUUUUUUUCUUUAAGACUCAGCAAUUUAUGUGCUAAGGUUCUGUCAUCAGCUCCUCGUUGCUGCUAGAUAUAGGACAAAAGAUAUUGCAAAUACUUAUUAAUACUCUUAAGUUUCACACUUUGUCCACAGAUUUAUUUGCAGGGAUUUUAAAUUUAGCAUCCUACCAUAAGAUUACAGACUAUAAGCAGAAUUAUUUCUCUCCAUUAUUUCUGCUAGCCAUCUACUUAGAUUUUAAAAUGGGUUCUUUUCUUGGUCUGUAUAAGGACUUGCUAUGGAAACCCCCAAAACAACAGUAGGGAGGCAUACGACAUGAACAAAUGACUUCAGAACAGCAUAUUGUACCUCUCAUAUACCUGGCAUUCUAAAACACAAUAUUUACAUAGCAUACAAUGUGUUCCUAGCAGUGCCUUGAGUGUAUGGACUACAGAGAAGUCAAGCCUGUACUUCCUGCUCUUAUUAAGAAAGCAAAACUGAGACAUCCAGUGAAGGUGCCUGACAAGACAAUUCAGUCAAGUUUGAGCAAUUGCUUGGGUUUGACCCAGAACUAAAAUUGCAAAGCACCAUUUUACUCCUUUGAAAAAGAAAGAUUUUAAUGGGACCUAGCUCACUGGAUCAUUGUGGCACUGAAUAGUAACUGUGUAGUAGUGCCAGUGUAGAUACUGUGUUACAACCAAGGUGUUCUGAUGUUUUGAGAUAAUGAGCCAACCAUAAGCAUCACUCUGUAUAUCAUCAAGGACUUAAUGGGGAGAUCCUGACUAAUCAGAUGAUGCUUAGUAAAAGUUAGGGCUGGGUUGGAAAAAGUAAUGAAGAUCUCAAAUCUUCAAAAUAUGAAUGGGGUCUGAAUUAUAGAAAGGACCCAGCCAGGCAUUCCAGCCAAUAAUAAUGCAGAUCAGCCAAAAAGCAAAAACACAAAUACAAGGUCGUGAGUUCAAUCCCUGGUACAAAAGCAAACAAAAAAAAAACACACCUAAGGCUGCUGGCUGGAAAUGUUAAUCCCAGGCUUCAGACUGAGUUAGCACUUUUUUAUGCUUUCAAAGCACUCUAAGGAACCCAUGCCAGUCUGAUUGCCAGCAAAGUUAAGUGUGUGCAAGUUACUCCCAUUUUCUAGCUGAGAUACCAGAGUUUCUGGAAAGACAUAAUACUUGAUGUUACCUCAUGGGAGACAGAACUCACACUGGAUUCUCCUUUCCUACUCUCUGCACUGCCUGCCUCCGAACCAAUCGUGUUUCACAAGUGCUGUUAGUGCACAGGAGAGAGGAAGUGGGAAGCUGGACCCAGGUCACACAUGCUAUGGCUGCUCUGUGCAAGGUACUAAGGCUACAUGGUCAAUCUAGGGGACACUGGGUCCUCUUCCCUACUCAUACAGCCAAGAGAGAUUGUUCUAAUAGUUGAGUGCAGGACACAUCAGAGGAGACUAAGUAGCAGCGUCAAGGAGACCAACCAAGGAACCAUUGUCGUAAGCUAAUGGCCACAUGACAGAAGAAGGAGGAAAAGAAGAACGUGCACACUCAAAAGGAUGAUGGAAAUCAGAAUAAUCUGAGUACCUUAAAGUAUCUAACUGACUCACUGAGUUAUGAAUCUUUUGAAAAACUGAUGAAAGCCACAGCUCUUUAAGAUGAAAUACGUACACACACAGCUUUGCCUACAGUUUCAGACGGUUCCAUGGACCUACCCUAAGAAUUGCUGCUACAGAGGAAACUUCUAUCAGAUUUGACUAAUAUGACAGAUAUCAACAUGAUGCCAACAUUUGAUCCUGAUGGUUUGGAGAUAUGGUGGACACUGCGGGAGGGGAGUACCUCCUGCUUAGCUGGGUUUUAUGGCUGAAUCUCUAAGUGGACAGUAGGGGAUGGUGACUUACAGAACUGCUGCUCAUAGAUAAUCACCGUCACUACAAAAUUAGAUAAUCCUAGAGCCAGGGAUGAGGUUCAGUGACACGUCGCCUGCCUGGCAAGUGCAAGGUCAUGAGUUCGAUUCUCAGACCCCCCCCCCCAAAAAAGAUGAUCUUUCUGGGGAAGAGAAUACAGAGAAAAAUCAGGGAUACAUGGUCUGAAGAGGUCUCCAGAGAGAUAGGAAGAGCAAAGAUAGUGCCCUGUGUCCAAAAGAGGAAAUUAUUGAGGGGUUGGGUAGCCUGUGGUGGUCUGUAUUGCUACAGAAGAAGAAAGAGUUGAUGGUCAGUACCAGAGCCCUGCAUCCAGCAGAAACAAUAAAAUUCAUGGAUUUUUCCAAAACAAAAAGUGCCUAUAGUAAAUAAAGCAUAUGAGUAAGUGAAAACCAUUCUUAUCACAGUGCUUAAUAAAUGUAUUGGUUGCUAAAUCAACUUAGUUUAUGGUGGGCUGGGAUUUUCUUCUACUCGGCAAUUUUUGAUUCAACCAGCAAUGGUCAUCAGAUGCAUGGAGCUUCAAGUGGCCCCAUCUGCAGUCUGCUUUAAUACUACGCAUCUAAAGUGAUCUGCUUGGUGACCCACGCAAUCCAGAAUCAUUUUGCAGUGUUUCCUCCAGUGAUGGUCUUUCCCAGGGCUUCUUCAGUCAGUAGCUCAGACAGGGCCCAGUGCCACAUUUGCCCUUGGCCUUUGCAGCCAGCAAUGAGGGCCCUUGUGAGCCUGAGCACGGCUGGCUUCUCUUCUCCCCAGGCCAGGAGCAUCUACAGGCACCUCGCCUUUGAAAUCAUCUUUGGCAACAGAAGCCUGUUCAUCAGACUCCUGAAAAUGAUGCAUCCUUUCCUGUUGCUUUGAAGUGCUCUUUGUUGGUUUUUCCCGUUCUUUAAUCAUAUCCCAAUUAUCCUCUAGAAACCUCAAAAUUCAGAGGAGAAGAGAUUUUUCUAGGGCUCUGUGCAAAAGUCCUCUUUACUUUUUGGGCUGAGCACUUUACUCACCAGUGGCUGUAGGUUCACAGGUGCCCUUGCAUCAAGGUCCCUCUGUCAACUCUCAAGCUGACUUUACCAGGUGGCACUGCUAGCCAGAGCCCUUCUACCAAGCACAUGGUCACAGUGCAGGUUCCAGGCAGCAGAACCUGUGAAGUGAAAGAACCUGGCCAGAUGACUUGUAUCACAGUGCCUCCUAAGAGCCAUUGUGUAACAUCUAGUGUGAGCCACGUGGGCACAACCAUUUCUGUGUCUAAUUUGAUCUUUGCUCAUGCCUUCCAGAGUAGCUGACAGUUUUCACCUUCAUUUAGCAGAUUGGAUAUCAGACUGGCAAGUCAGUGGCAUUCCCAAGUCCACAUGGCAUCAGGACUGAGUAGGGUGUGGAAUAAAGAAAUGAGCAAAGCCUGAACUGUUCUCCAGGAAUCCCCAGUUAAAAGGUGCCAUGAGAUGUGACAGCUGCCACAGAGAACAGAGAGCAGAGGGGACAUGCCCUCUGGGAAAGGACAGGGGUAGCAGGGGCUGAGGAAUGGUUGAAGCUUGCCCAAGUGCAGGGACAGAAAAAACAGGCAAGAUUCACUAAAGUCCUAAGAGAAAAUCACACAUCAGGUGAGGAGGCAAUUGGAUGAUCAGGAGGAAAGCUGUACUGGUCAUAUUGUUUCCUGUAUUGUCUGAUGCUUUAGCAUCUUAGAGUCCUAGACCACCAUUGCCAGGGGCACUAACUCCUUCUCUGCAUUAUCACUCAGCUGUUUCCAUGAAAGGAAACUCAGAUGCAGUCAAAACGUGUCACUAGCAGUAGAUGGGGGACAGAGACUGUCCUGUCUGUCACAGAGAGGGUCAGUUUGCCUGCUUGGUGGGAAGAGUACCCCAUUCUGUCUUUAGGGGACACCUUGCCCCUCCACAAACUUGAUUAACUUCUCAGUGAUCUGCUGCCCUAGGAACCAACUUUUAUUCUUGAUGAAAGGAAGCAGAAUCCUCAUGCUUGCAAACGCCUCCCAGUCAGGCCUACAGAGGUGGUAUUUAGCCUGGCAGUUCCAUUUCGCUGCUCCAACUAAUCACUGCUUAUUUACAAACGUAGUAGCUGGAAACAAAAAAAAUGUGUUGUUUUACAGUUGUGGACAUCAGAAGUCUGGAGUCAGGGUCCGUGUAGCGUUGCAUCCACCCGGAGACUGUCCCGGGCUGGCCUUCCCUUCUUCACUUCAGAGUCUGCCUGCACCACUUGGCUCUUUCUUCCUCCAUCUCCCAGCCAGCAGCCUUCCUCCUUCCUGAAAGAACCUUUUUCUUUCUUUCUUUCUUUCUUUCUUUCUUUCUUUCUUUCUUUCUUUCUUUCUUUCUUUCUUUCUUUCAAUUACUGGGGAUCAAAAGUAGGGCCUUCCCACCAACCUACAUUUUCAGCUCUUUGUAUGUAUGUAUUUUAUUUUAUUUUAUUUUAUUUUAUUUUAAGAGAAGCUAUAAAUUGCCCAGGAUGGGCUCGAACUUUUAAUCUUCCCUCAGCGUCUGAGUGCUGGAUAGGAGUGCUUUUCGAUGACAUUUGGUUCACCCUAAAGCCCAAGAUUGUAUUUCCAGCUCACAGUCCUUAACUUCUUCCCACCUGCAGGGCCAUUUGGGCCAUGUGAAAUGACAAAUUCAGGAGUGUGGAGGCUUAGGACGUGGCCCUCCCUCGAGGCCACUGAUCUGCCUGCUAUACUUAGUUACCAUAUUGAGACCCUUGGCUAAUUACUGGGGGAGCCGGGAAUGGAACUCGAGACUUUGGACCCUGAAAUGCAUCUAGUUGCUCCCCUGCCCCAGCCCUGUCCCUAUGUGGGAGUCCCCAUGCCCCAGCCCUCACCCCAUGUUCCCCAGCCCAGGGAAAGGCUGACUCUCAUCUGCCCACACAGCUGAAGGAGUUACAGGAUGUCACAGUGGACCUGUGUCCUCCAGUCCUGCUGAUGAGUCACCGAGGAAGUGGGGCAAUGCAUUUAGCUAGGUCAGCCUUAGUUGCUCUCUUCAAAGAGGAUUAAAACCUUUCUUCUAGAGGUGUGUGGGGAUUUAACAUAGACAGAAAAUACCGUGUUCUUUUCAGAGGAAAAAGCCCUAAAGAAAUUAGGUAAUCGUGUAAGUACUUUUAUUUAAUCACUCUUGAGUAUGUAAUCACAUCAGCCCUUCUCUUCAAAAGCUUGUGAUGAUGGUUUCUAAUAGACUUGCCACAGUGCCAGGCUUAUUAGUCCACCUUGCUAGGAAAAGGACAUCCUUAUAUGACAGAAGAAAAAACUGAGGCACAGUGGGGUUGGGAGAGAGGAAAGUUGCUGAUCAUUUGCCCAGAACCAGAGACUGCAAGUGUCAAAACUCACAUUUAAAUAUCCAUGGUUGCAGUCUCUGCCUGGCCCUUUGUAUGACUUGCUGGUUUGCCCAGGAAAUCCAGACAUAUACAAUGGAGUCUGAAUAUAAAAGACAGUAACUAAAAUAUCAGAACAUCCCAGAUCCCCCCUUCAUGGAAGCAGAGCCCAAGGCCAAGCAGCUUUUGCACCCCAUUCUAAAAUGACUGAAUCUGCCCCCACCCCAAGGCUAGCUACCUGCUUUGGAAGCCUCCUGCUCAGCAUGGCUCCCUGCUCCUCCAGAAUGCAGUACAGAUCAGGCCUUAGCAGCUGCAACUUCUGCCUCCCUCAGCCCUCCCCUUUCCUAGCACCCACAUUUCCAAGUUUUCAGGUGCAUGAACUGUGGUGCUGUAUUUCUGUAGAUUGUUAUCAUCUUUCUUUAAACAUUUUUUUUAAUCGGUACCGGGGAUCGAACUCACGACCACCUGCUUGCAAGGCAGGUGCUUAUGCUGCUGAGCUAAAUCUCCAGCCCCUGAUUGUUAUAAUCUUUAAAGUUCAAUGUUGUCUAUUUCUUUUUCCUUUCCUGGAAUGAGGUGGGAAAAUAGAGGAAAGAUAUAAAAGAAGCUGUAAGAGGGCUGUGACUGAGACCAUAGGUGCCUGAGCACAGAACACAAACAGACCUUCCCUUUGUGCCAGGUGACACAGGCAUAAACAGUCUCCAGGGAAUGUCCCACUGCAGCUUGAAGCCCCCAAGCAUGGAGCUCAUGACUUGCGUAAGCAAAGCUGCAUUCCAGGAAGAAAGGACCAGAGGAUCCUUAAGGGCAGGGUGUUUCUGAGUGUGUUGAUUAAGGAAGGAAAUACAGUUGAUGGCUCCACCGGAGCUCAGGGUUUCUUCUACCUCUUUGGUUUAUCCAGAGAGAUGCUGGUAAGGAAGUGGCAUAAUUUGGGGCCAACCAGAUGAUACAGGAUGAUCUUCACUUCUCAAGCCAUUCGAUAUACAUCCUCACAGGUUUUUGAGGAUUAGAAAUAUACAGUUUUAGGAAACCAAGUGGUAUCACAGGUAAUGUGGGACUUGCUUUCUUCUCAUCCUCUCCAUUAAGGAUCACAGAGCUCUCCAAACUGCUGGUUCCUACAGAGCUUGAAAGCCCGUGCGCAUGCUCUCGUGUUACCUUCCAGCACUGAUAGUACCUUCUUGACCCAAGAGACCAAACAACUCUCCCCUGUAGCUGCAGAGCAAUCCCAGCACCUGGCUAGAGACUCCUUCUCUGGCUCCUAAAUCCAUUUCCUUCCGCCUCCAGACUCUUCCCUCCUCACUCCUUGCCCUUGCCCUUCAUCACCACCUCCCGGGGGGCCUGCUAGUACCACUUCUAAGAAAAUACUUGGAAGACUCCAGGGGAGAGCAUAUACCAUGACCUAACAAAAGCCUGAGGUGCAACCUUCUCUCUCCACAGUCACAGUCAAGUCCAAGUCUAAGUCUAAGUCAAGUCUAAGUCUUCCCUUAAGCCUGCCAACCAUGGCAUUGGUGUCAUCAAGAGCACCAGUGCAUGCUAAAGAGUGCUACACUGUGUGUGGCCACAGAAUGCCAGUGUAAAGAAUGAAUGAGAUUCCUUGUGUGAACCUUAGAAACAGUGUGGUCAGGAGACCAGUCUCUGUACCAGCGUCCCAUCUCUGUAAACCAGCUGCAGGUGACAAUCAGCAGAUGCCUCUUCUUGUAGAAAUUGAAACUGAGACACUCAUGAGGCUCUCUGAGAGACACAGUUAUAUCAAUAAGGGGAGUUAAGGUUAAGCUGUAUUUAUUUUAGGGUGGCUUUUAAUUUUGUUUAAUCAGAAUUACUCAUAAAUUAUGGAUUAAUUACUAUCUGGUGCUCCCUUAAAUCCCCUCAGCCGUGGAGCCAGCUUCUCUCUGUAGUGAAUGCCAUCCGCUGUAAUUGUAGGGCACUUUGUCAACAUUUAAUCAGCAGUCCUUAUUAAUGUGGCAUUGAUGUGUUGUUGCCAUCCCUGCAGCAUCAAUCACGCAUGAGCAGCCAGCACAGACUCGGACCCCAUUGUUCUUUGUCACAUUAGCCAGCCCCGGGGCUGCCAGGCCAGGCAUGAUGGUUGCUUGUCACAAGAUGGACAUUCUGUCUCUUCUCCCCAAACCACUUUUUGUCGUGUGUCAACUUAAACACUUAAGGCCUUUGGAACAUUAGUCUGAAAGGGCUUCCUGAACAUUACCUGUGUCCAGAAUCUAGAAGACUUCCUCCUGUUCUGUUUCCACACCCUGCCCAGUGAGUGGGAAAUUCUAGGUUAGUCCGCUAUGGAACAUGCAUACGGGUUUGUGAGCUUGUGCAAGACAAUCUUAACUCUUCUGUGGUGGUAGGUAUCAAGUUAGGGCUUCACAAAGCUAGGCAAAUGUGCUACCACUGAGCUCUGUCUCCAGCCUUUUAAAUUCUUAAAUAUAGUAAAAGAAGUGACCUUUGAAAGAUUAUUUUUGGUUUAUUGACUACUUCUAGAGAUUAAUCUGUUCCUUACAGUUCUUCCAGUAGAAAUUCGGGUUGGGAAAAGAGGUCUCAUGGUUUCCUCUUUCUCUUUUCAGCCUGUACGGCAGACACAUGCAGGCAAACCCAGAACCCCCGAAGAAGAAUAAUGACAAAUCGAAAAA